AUGAAGAAAAAUGUAAACAAAAAAGAAUUUCUGCCAAGUCGGAGUUAUGUUUCACCAGGAGCCACAGAACCAUUCUUGAGUGGAAGUAAUUCAAAUUACGUUGAGGAAAUGUAUUAUGCUUGGCUUGACAAUCCAAAAAGUGUGCAUAAGGUAAUGCUAUAUAUGUAUAUAUAUAUAAUUUACUAGGACAUUUCCACAGCUAAAAAUCUGAAGUUUGAUACACAUUGUGGCUUGAGCCUAGCUUCCCUGAGCAAAAUUCCCUUUCCUGUUUUAGCCCUCUGUGCAUUCCUUGACUACUCAGAAGUAAAGCCCACCAUGCUCUCUUUUAUAUUUAGAAUUGAAGCAUUUAUUUUAUAUUGGUGAACAUAUGUGAAUUUGCUUGAAUUAAAUUGGGUUCUUGCAACCAUUCAUUCCAAGUAGUCAGAUAGACAGCUUUUGAAAGUACUCAAAAGUAGUGCUCACAAAAAAAUAUUAUUCUCCUUACAAGAGCAAAUGGAGGGGGAAAGUGCAUGGUAGGCUCAGGACUGCAAUAUCUCAAGGAUCUCCCCAUAUAUACCGCCCCAGACCCUGCAGUCAUCAUCUGAGGCCCUUCUUUGUGUGCCACAAGUGGGGCAUUUGUGGGGAAUGCUCUCCCCAGGGAGGCUCACCUGGUGCCUUCAUUGUAUCUCUUUAGGUGCCAGAUGAAAAUGUUUCUCUUCAGCCAGGCGUUCAGCUCUGGCUUUAAAAGUGUGUUUGUGGGAGGGGGGUAUUGUUUUGUUUUUGUUUUAUUAUGUAUUUUGUAUUCUCAUUUUGUAUUUUUCUGUUGUGAACAAUAUUCUGUUGUGGAUAUUCAUAAUAUCAUCUUUAUUAAUGUUUAACAACAACAACAACUGGUAAUAGGCAGGAGUUCAUCCUGCAGGCCAGAUAGGCCACUUGAGCACCUCAGAACUGUCUUUUCAGUUCAGUGCCCUGGCAGGCAGGCAGGCAGGCAGGCAGGAAGCCAUCAUGGAAUGGGUUCAUUUCUGCCGCCAUUUCCCUCUCCGCCAUGGGGGGUUAUGGGAAGCCAUAGCAUAGCACAGGGUCCCCAACCUGUGGCCCAUGGAGGCCCCUGAACUGAGCCACCCGCUGGGCAAGUCCCCACCCGCUGUGCUAAACCAGCGUAGCACGGUGCGGGGACUCUCUUCUGCGGCUCCGGAAAUCGAUUCUGCGCAUGCCCAGACGCCAGAAAUCGUGUCUCUGUGUGUCUGCAGUGCCAGAAAUCGCUUCUGCGCAUGCCCAGAUGCCGAAAAUCACUCCUGCACAGAUGUGAUUUUCGGUGUGUGGGCAUGCGCAGAAGCCUUUCUGGUGCUGCGGAUAUGCGCAGACACGAUUUCCGGCGUCACACUGCGCUGGCCCGGCCCACGGAGGAUCUCCGUGGGAGUGAUCCGGCCCAUGCCCUGUAAGCCCUGCUGACCCCUGGCAUAGCAUAAUCUUCACUUAGGGAUCUGAGUCAACUGGAAAUGGAUUGCCAGGUUUCUGCAGAACAUGGCUGCCAGAAUUUUCACUGGUAUAGCCAGGAUUUUUCAUGCUGCACCUUUCAUGAAAGAAUAGCGUUUGUUCCUCAUUUGCUCCUGAGUCUUCUUUAAGCUCCUGGUGCUUUCUCUUGAAGCCAGCUUUGAGAUGGGGUGCUUCCUUGGGCAUCUGGGUCCUUGUCUUAAGAUUUUCUGCAGGGGCCUUUCUUUGAGUACCCUCUGCAGCAGAGGUUCAUUAUGUAUUUAGAAAGUAGAGGACUUUUUUGUGAUGGUGCUCCAAAGAAACAUUUCUGCACUGAUGUUACAGUCUUUUUAGUGUCAGGCAGUGCUUUUUUUCCCUAGAAAAAUAGGUGCCGGUACUCACCAUGAAGUUGUUACAGUAAGUGCCAUACAUUUUAACAACAACAAAAAAAAAGAGGUGCCAGUACUGUAUACUCUUGAGUACCCCUUGAAAAAAAGCACUGGUGUCAGCUUACCUUUGUAUUCCUGCCAGCAUUUUAGAUGACCUUUUGGUUAGAACUGCUUUACCCUAGUCUUAAUUGUGUUUUAUUUUUGUCUGCUUCUUAUCCUGCUUGUUGUUACUUUAAUAAAAAUAGUGUGUUAAAAAUAUGUGAGUAGUUUUAUUCACGGUUUUGAACAUCUCCUUGGAAUCUUUUGAGGAAGGGCAGCUCAGAAAUAUUUUAAGUAAAUAUACUGAUACAGAUGUUUGUGUCACUGCUGGACAGAGAUAGUGGGCCUGCAAGCCAGACCGUGCAAUAGUCCCUCCUGUGUCACUAUUGCAGAAGACAGUGGGUUGGUUUUUUAAAAAGUUACUGCUAAAUAUUGUGAUAAUUUGUGUGUUUGAUUCUCUCUCUCUCUGUCUUUGCAUGUGUGUGUUUCUAUGCUUGUGUGAAUACAUGUGUUUUAAAGCUGUGGCUUGCUUUUGGAUAUCGUCCUAGGUGUUUUGUAACUGGUGAUUAACAGGACAAAAAUAAAUGGCUUGGGCUAAUAAAGCUAAGGGAUGAACGUCAGUGGAGAUAAAUGGAUAUAAAAAGCAUGGUAUAGAGCUAAACUGAAAACACUUCGUUAAAAGUUGUCAGAAGCAAGGCUUGUAAUCACUUGGAGCUUUAAGGUUGAGUAACUUUCUGUCACCUUGCCCAGGUUACUGGAUUUAUUAAAAGUAUCAAUAAAGCUGGUUAGAGGAACUUUGUAUAUUUAAGCCAAGUAAGAGUAAACCCAUGUAAUGAAGAGCCUGGCAGUGCUAAGGCUCGUUUAAAAACAAUAGGUCAAAGCAUCACAUAAAUACAGCUGAAUCAGUUAGCAAAUGAUUUGUCAAACAUGAUUUUUGACUGUAUUUUUUUUUUCUACUAGCAUUUGCAUGCUAGCAUGUAACUGCAUUUUCUGCUACAGUCCAAAGCUAUACCUCCAGCCUGUAAAAACAUACAUGGAAGUCAGUCCUGCUGAGCUCAGAGAAAGGCACGUUCAAGCCUGAUGCCUGACAAUUAAAAAACAAUCCUGCUCCACAAUAUGCUCAUUUGAAUGGUGCACCUACACCUAAUAAAUGCAAUGUUCGCAUACCCAGCCCAUAGAGUCCUAGUUACACACGUAAGUGUAACACUCCAGUUUAAACAAAAUGACAAGUGUGUGGAACCCUGCACAAUUUUGUCCAAUUAUGUCCCUCAUGUUUGAGCUAGACCUUACUUUAUUUAGAUGAUUUGUAUUCUACUCUCUGUAUGUCUUCCAGAGUGGCCAAUGUAAGCUUUGAUUGUAUUUUUUUUUAAUUAAAGCUUACGUUGGCCAUAUAAGUGUGUGUGUGUGUGUGUGUGUGUGUGUAUGUUUUGAUCUGUUGGCAGACAACAAUAAAACAAUAACAAACAAGGUUGCCACUUUUGCAGCAGUAGAUCGAAAAAUUCACUGCAAUUUUCUAAAAAUCUAUACCCUGAAUUGCAAAGACCAUCCGCAUAGUAUUUUGAUGUUAAUCUCAGUUUGUUUUUGGUAAUUUUUAGUGUUAUAUAUUAGUGCUAGGUUUUCCCCCUGCUUCCCUAGCAGGAGUUUAGAUCUGCUGCCAACUUGGUAUUGUAGGUACUUCUACUGUUCCGGUGUUUCAUAAUGGCCAUUGGGCAACAGGCAAAUAAAAUCUCUCACACCUACUAAGAGGACUGCAGUCCUAAGCACUUUACCAGGAAAUAGGUGCCCAUGGGAGUAACAUCUGAGUAAACAGAUUUCGAAUUGGGCUGUAACCUAGAAAGCAUUUUCUAGAACUACCUUUUCCCCAGCUGAUCUUUUGGGUUAGCUUUUCUUACAGUGCUCUUUGCUCUUUCCUCUCUUGUCCCUACUAAUCCUUUGCUCCACUAGUGCAAAGUAGCAUCUGAAAUGACUCUAGGAAUGAAAUGAUACAAGCCCCGAGAAAGGUGUCAUUAUUUCUGCUCAUAGAAUGGUGUCAGGGCCAUAGAUCAUAAAGAAGAGACUUGACAAGGCUCAGCUAUUGCUAUCACAAGAUUAAUUGAAAAAAACUGCUUGGUUGUCUAUUGAAUACACAACAGUUGUCAUGUUUUCCUGUAUGCAACCAGUCUACCAUGAGAGCGUAAUGACUUCCUUGAUAUUGUUUGCUUGGAGAUGAGUGCUGGGGUUUUUUUUUUAAAAAAAUAAUAAACAAGUUAUUAUACCUAACACUCAACAGUCAUAAUGGUUAAAAGCCAAACAGCUAACAUUGCAGUGUUUUAGUCAUCACCACUGGGCAGUAAGAAAACAUAACUGAAAUACACGAAAUCAGCUUUUCAGGGGAGCCAUUCUUAACACUGGAUUUUAUAAACAGUUGUAUUCUGGCUCCAGGCUUCAGUCCUAAUCCCAAUCUGCACUGUUGGAGGGGUUGAUGAUUCAGCAGAUGUCCUUGUCUGCUGGCCUGUACCGGUGGUGGUGUUCCACUUCUAGAGACCGCUGCUGCAGCCGCAGGAAGUACAGUGGAGGAAGCACUACGCCCAACAGUGUUCUAUGGCCCAUAGAGGGCCUAAAUAUGGGGUGUUAGCGGUUUGGAAAAAGCCAGAGCUGAGCCAGACAUGGAUCUACUGGAUUUUAAACUGGGCCAGCACCUGGAAAGGGGGCUUUGCUGUGCCGGCCUAAAAUUGGUACAGUGAAAAAAAUAAUCUGCCCACUUCCCACCCUUCCUGGCCAGCUUUCUCACUUAAAAUGUAUGUAUGAUGUGACCUUCAUAUGCUGUUUCAUAUUGCUCGCUUUAAUAAUAAUAAUAAUAAUAAUAAUAAUAAUAAUAAUUUAUAUCCUGCCCAUCUGGCUGGGUUUCCUCAGCCACUCUGGGCAGGUUACAACAUAUGAAAACAACAAAACAUCAAACAUUAAAAAACAAGAUAUUCUAUACAAGCAACAAACAAACCAAUAAAUCAACAAAAACCAAUAACAAUAAUAACAAACAGUUUACAGUUAUACCCAAAUUAAAGUAACCACCAACCCCAACUAAACAUUUAACCAACACCAACCUGACAAAAAUGAAACAGAGGAGCCAAAAUUAGAACCUUUUAAAACAUUUUAGCCAGUUGCCCCAACCCUAGGAAUUGAGCCAGCAAUGUCCCUCCAGCCUCCCAGGAGCGUCUUUUAGCUGUUCAAGGUGAGUCUGGGCCCCUCCCUCUAGGUCAGGUAUAAAUAUGCCUGGCAGCAGGGAGCAGGUCUUUCUUCCAGCACUCAGGCAGCAGCACUUUAGAGCACAUUGCACAAAUGUUGGGGGCAUUUACAAAAUAUAGGACAAUACAGAUGAGUAGAUUGUGUUCCUUAUGGUCCAUGAUUUCGGGAGCUUUCUGACAGCACAGUCCCUCCCCCCAAAUUUUAUUAGUAUACUGACUUGUUUAAAUCAGUAGUUGUUCGCACCAGGUCUGAAAAAAAGGAUCUUGUAAGCCAUCUUGCUACCUAAGACUUACCUUUGAACUAUUUUUGUCUUAUCACUGAGACCUGCAACAAAAUGUUGCAGUGUAUCACUAAUCCCUAAGAAGAAUGCUCUUGCAGGGCUCCAGGCAGCUACAAAGAGGAGCCCCAUAGUACAGUGGUACCUCAGGUUACAUACACUUCAGGUUACAGACGCUUCAGGUUACAGACUCCGCUAACCCAGAAAUAGUGCUUCAGGUUAAGAACUUUGCUUCAGGAUGAGAACAGAAAAAGUGCUCCGGUGGCGCAGUGGCAGCAGGAGGCCCCAUUAGCUAAAGAGGUGCUUCAGGUUAAGAACAGUUUCAGGUUAAGAACGGACCUCCGGAACGAAUUAAGUACUUAACCUGAGGUACCACUGUACUUUGAGUGGGGGUGGUAGUGAAAUAUUGGUUUAAGAGCUAGAUAAUAGAGAGGGAUAGCAAAAAGAAUUAGGGACAAGGAAAUGAAGGGAUUGAAUUUAUCACCUGUAUUGUUUUCUUUUCAAACUUCUUAGGGCUAUAAUAGCUUUCUAUUUCCUGUUUCCCCCGCUUCUUCCUCUCUCUUUCCCCCCCACCCUGUCUAGUCAUGGGAUUUAUUUUUCCGAAAUGCUACCGCUGGAGCCCUUCCUGGACAAGCCUUUCAAAGUCCUUUACCGGACCUUUCAGGAAGCAGAACAUCCCUUGUCCAAAGCCAUGGACUGACAAAGUCACCUGCGAAAGCCGAGAAACUGGUUGAGGAUCAUCUGGCUGUGCAGUCAUUGAUCAGAGCAUAUCAGGUCAGUGUACAGAAAUUCGCCUGCAGCAGCUGAGGGUGUUUGCUUAAAACAGCGUUUUGUAAAUAAUACGCAGCUAAGGAGCCGCUUCUUCAUAGGUGUUUAAGGGCAUUUCCACACAACACUUUAUUCUGGACUCAGAGCUGUUUGUGCAUACAAUAUUUUGCAUCAUCCACAUCCUCCCCCAAAUGAAACAUUUUUGGUUUGUGAAUCCCCUUAAAUUUCUAUUCUUAUAGAUUCUUUGUCAAUGCUAAUCUAAAAAGCAACCAGAAUAUUGUCAGACAAGUGAUUUGCACGGGACCCCCUGACUAAUUUUUUUAAAAAUUGAACUGUUUUCGCGGCUGUUGUGUAUUGCUCUCUGAAUGAUAAAUUAGCAUGCUGCAAUAACUCCCGCUAACUUUGCUUUAUACACACAUACUGUCAAUGUGUGUAUUAAUUGGAGGUUUUUGAUAUGCAGAAGGCCUUUUUGUUACAAAAUACAGCCAAAACAAAUGACUUGCAUUCUGUCAUAGGAGAAUCGCCAUUUAUUAAAAAGAUGAAUUAGCAGAAUAUCAUUGAAAUGUUGUACUAUAUGCAGAAUUAUUGUUUCUUCUGUCUUUAUUUUUCCCCCUUGGACUUUGCAAUUAGUCAUGACAAAAGCCGAUUAAAAAAAUAAAAGGUCUGUGGAAAAUAUUUGUGGGAGAUCUUUACUGCAUGCUUACUUUAUGCUGUCUGUUUCUGCCUAGUACUGAGAAUUAAGGACUGUAUUUGCCUAAAUUGUUGUGCAACGAUCCCUACUAGUGCAGCAGGACUCUCCCACCCCAUCCCCCAAACUUGUUCUUGAGAAUUCAGAGAAUUCCCAGAACAGUGCAUGGUGGGGGAGUAGAGGGAAUAUUGUUCUGUUUGGCAAGCAGAAAUGCUUGCACUGGUGGAUUUAUCUCCUUAGUGCUACUUUGACUGCAACUCUGAAUUUUUAAAAAUAAAAAAUAAAUGUUUGCAACAAUUGGCCUUAAGUAAGAAGAGCCCUGCUGAAUUGGAUCAAAGGUCCAUUUAAUGACACGUGCCAUGGGAGCCAACUCCUAGGGGCCAAGGUCCCUUCAGCCUCCGCAAUAAAAUAUUUGAGGGGGACACCCCCCCCCAAGUUGAUGAACAUUGCCAUUCAAAGGUGUAUGUGCACCGCAUCAUGUGAUCAAUUAUGCUUACCUUCCCCCCCAAUAAGGGAUGCGGGUGGCGCUGUGGUCUAAACCACUGAGCCUCUUGGGCUUGCCGAUCAGAAGGUUGGUGGUUCGAAUCCCUGCGACGGGGUGAGCUCCCAUUGUUCGGUCCCAGCUCCUGCCCACCUAGCAGUCCAAAAGCACGUCAAAGUGCAAGUAGAUAAAUAGGUACCGCUCCAGUGGGAAGGGAAACGGCGUUUCCAUGUGCUGCUCUGUUUCGCCAGAAGCGAACAGAAUUGGAUAAAAUUUAGGAACACUUGAACAGGACUAACACACAGUUGCAAGUGUGAACCGUGUGCUAAACUAUGCUCUUCAUUUCACAUUGCUCAACAAUGAGUUCCAGCAGGUCUGAAUGGGACCAGGGCAUGAGCCAAGUGUGCAUCCCCUUAAAUGCUCCCCAGAAUCCUCUGCAGCUUGUAGGGGCAUUUCAGCAGAAGGAUCUGCAAAGUGUUCAUUCAGCUUUUCUACACUGAAAAGCAUGGCUUUAAUAGAGCAAGCUUCAACAAGUGUUGGAGGUGUAAAGAGAAGGAGGGCACUUUUAUCACAUGUGGUGGAAUUGCAAAAGAAUCAAAAACUAGUGAGAAAUGAUUUAUAAUGAAAUGAAAAGAAUGUUUAAGAUAACUUUUGUUAAAAGACCAGAAGCCUUCUUGCUAGGUAUUACAGGUCAAGAGUUGCCAAAAGAGUGGAAAAGACUAUUUAUGUAUGCUACAACAGUGACUAGGAUGUGACUAGCCCAAAGAUGAAAAGACAACAAGAUACCAACAAAAGAAGAAUGGCAAGAAAAACUGAUGGAGUAUACUGAAAUGGUGAAACUAACUGGAAAACUAAGAGACAAGGACAAUAGAGACUUUAAGGACUGGGAACCGUAUAUGUUAUAUUUACAGAAAUAUUGUAACGAAGUGGACUCACUAGCAGGGUUUGAGUAAACACAGUUAAGAAAACAAGCAUGAAAGUAAAGAUGUAAGAAUGGGAAAAUAAUAAAGGGCAAGGUGUAAAAUGAAAAAGUAUGGUACAAAAGUGAGAAGAUUGCAACAAUAUCAAAUUAAAAAAUUAAGGUAGAAUAAACAGACAGGAUAAGUAAAUAUUUAAAGAACCAGAAGAGGAAGUUGAAGGAAGUCAUGGGGGGUGGGUAGGGAUUUAGAUAUACUUUUUGUGAUAAAAAUGAUUGUGUUGAAUAUAAAAUUGUAAAACAAUAAAAAUUAUUUAAAAAAGAAAAAGGAAAGCAUGGCUUUAAGGGAUAUAGUUUUUCUCCAAAUAAGUUUCUGUCCAAGAAUUUUUAGCUCACUGAUAGUUCCUGAAAACUGCAGUGGCAAAACAAGAUUCCUUCAGGGCUGCAAGCAAGCUUACUCAGGUUUGUUCAGGUGACUUGGUGAGGCUCUCUCAUAUGUGUGUGUGUAUUCUUCAGCUUCUCAUUACUUAUAUGCAAUAACAGAGAGAUCAGCCGGAACUCUUUACAUCUUUUGAAUCAAGCACUCAUUUUUCAAAAUAUUUUUUCACUAAAAAAAGGGGGAAAUUGACAUUCAAGCCACUUAUAUACUGAACAAGCUAAGAGAAAUGCACAUGCAGGGAGACUGCCUUGUAUGGUAGGCUGGUUAGGUAUAUGCAUCAUCUGCUGGAUCAGGAACCACAGGCAUAAAUCUCAUGUGCAUCUAAGUGUGGGUGCCAUCUAUUCAUGCUACACUGCUUUUCAGUUGGAUGAGCACCCAAUCCCCAUCUGCCAGCGCUGGCCACACUUCUUUAAAAUAACAGCUAGAUUUGGAUUGGGAUAUCAUGAUUAUUUUUUAUCAAGGUGUGUAGCAGAGGGAGUAUUGCAUUUGACCAGUAAGGCGGGAUGAAUUUUUUUUACUUACUGUUACAUUUUCCCUACUGAAGAACUUGCAUUUUUAGAAAUGAAUACAAUACCAGUAAAAUAAAUAAAAGUUGCAAAUAAUUGUUCAGAUGAUGAUCCCUAUGAAGCACAUAUAUUUAUGUGCAUAGUUCUUUGGCAAAGGUUUUUCUGUUUUAUGAUUAAUUUUAAUUCAUUUUAUACUUUUUGUAUAUACUGCUUAGAAACUACCAUAAUUAAGCCUAUAUUCAGCAAUUAAGCAGCAGUUAAGCAGGCAGAUUUGCUGCAAGAAGAUGCGGUGACAGGCACUAGCUUGAAUGGCUUUAAAAGAGCAUGCAAGACAUGAAUAGAGAAUAAGUCCAACAAUUAUAACAGCCAUGAUGGCUACAGACAAUCCUCUCUGUAUGCCUCUGAAUACCAUUUUCAGGGGUGGAACAACAGGGAGGAGCUGUUGCCUUCAGGCCCUGGUUGUGGGAUUUGGACAAGAAUAUGGUUGACUUCUGUAUGAAACAGCAUGUGGCAAGGGUGCCAACUUGAAUAAAAUAUUGGGGGGAGAAAGGUAAAGGUAAAGGUACCCCUGACCGUUAGGUCCAGUUGCGCGCUCAUCUUGCUCUAUAGGCUGAGGGAGCCGGCGUUUGUCCGCAGACAGCUUCCAGGUCAUGUCGCCAGCAUGACUAAGCCGCUUCUGGCGAACCAGAGCAGUGCACAGAAAUGGCGUUUACCUUCCCGCCAUUUAUCAACUUGCACUUUGUGCUUUCAAACUGCUAGGUUGGCAGGAGCAGGGACUGAACGGGAGCUCACCCCGUCACGGGGAUUCAAACCGCCAACCUUCUGAUUGGCAAGCCCUAGGCUCUGUGGUUUAGACCACAGCGCCACCCGCGUUUAGACCAGAAUUACUUGAGUGUAAUUGUUUUAGGAUCUCUAACAAUUCUGAACUUCUAACGCCACUGUAGACAGGCUGUCCACAGUUUGAGCAUUCUUUAAGGCAUGUUAUUACCUAUUUUUUUUAAGCAGGGUGAUGAGGGGAAGAUAACUUUCUUUGGCCACUUUGUUCUUCUAGAAAAAUCAUAUGCAUUGAAUGUAUAUUUUUUUAGGCAACAACCGUUUUACGCUUGUUCAAUAUGUGCGUGACCAUAUUGCCGCAACCUGGAACUGGCUAGAAAAUGAUUCUAUGGGUGAGCUGUGGGAGGGCACAAAACUGGUGAGCUCUCUCUUUUGAGUCACAAUGUUUUCUUCUUUCCCUUUCAUACUGCCUUUCUUACCCACUUCAACCUAUGCAGAUCCGUGGACACCAUGUGGCUCAGUUGGAUCCCUUAGGAAUCUUGGAUGCCGACCUGGAUUCAUUCAUCCCCUCAGAUUUAAUCACUACUAUAGAUAAACUAGGUGAGAAUUUUAACUCCUUGGCAGUAAAUUAAUAUCCACGGUGAGGAGCAUGUCUCAUGUUUUAAGUGCAACAGGCAGUCAGGUGAGCACUGCAAAACUGCAUAGUCGCUCCUGUUUGCAGCGGAGCAAGCAACUCGUCUUUAAUGAGAGAGUCCUCUAACUUUAUGUAUUAUUUUAUGUUAAAUUGUUACAUAUAUGAGGAAGAUGUGAAAAUGGCAUUUUCAUUCUCGUUAUAAAAGCACAAGUGGCCAACAUAGUUUUAAAAAUGAUUAUUUGCAAGAACUUGGCAUGAAUUUUAAGAGAUGUUGCAAAACAAAUGCCUGGCUCCUAAAUGCUGAUAGGUUAAUAAAAAUGGGCAUGAAAAUAAGGAUGAAACACACACACAAAAAGGCAAAGAUACAACAAGAAUGCAUGUGUGUUCAUGCCAAGGCUAUUAGACUUCAUUGGUUCAUCUCCUGUUAACUUGCAUCUUUAAGAUACCUUGAAAAAUUUUGCCCUCAAAGUUUCUGAUAUUUUCAGGUAUGUACCAAAUUGCAUUAUUUGUAUCUUAAGGCCACCAAAUUAAUGAGGUAUAUGUGGCUCUGUAGAGUCAAUGUUUGAGUUUUGAACUUUUGUUCUUGCCUUCUCACUAAUAAUGUGUAUACCACAGGGUUUUAUGGCUUAUAUGAAUCUGACUUGGACAAAGUGUUCCAGUUGCCCACAACCACCUUCAUUGGAGGCAAUGAGACCAUGCUUUCCUUACGAGAGAUCAUCAAACGGUUGGAGGUAAGUACAAUGACAUCCUGUAUCAUUGAUUCCUCCUAAAGGGAGUUCAGUUGUCCAGUUAUCAAUCUUCAUUCCCUGGAGUUGUAUAAAAUACAGCAUGCUGGAAAAAAAAGAUUAGCAUUAUUUAAUCUUCCAAAUGCUUCAGAUGAACAUUGCAAGGGAAAAGUUAUAUGUGGAGUGCCCUGUUACAGUGUAAGAAGUGCUUCCAACUAGAAAUAAAAAUCAAUGACAUGCCAACAGAAUCUGAGGAUGUCAUGCAGCAGGUGGUAUCAUUUAAGUAUAGACUUGAAGACUUGUCUAAGUUUGAGGAGGUAUUAGUAACCAGAUGAGUGGCUCUGGUCUGAUCAUUUCUUGGACCAGUUGCUAAUGUAGGCCUUCACCUUGGGGGCGGGGAGGACUUUUAAGACGUGGCAUUGGCCACAGUUGAGUUGUUGCUCAUUAUCAAAUUGUGGAAUGCAGAAGAGGUAGAUCUGUUUGGCCCAGUUUUGUUAAUAGAUUCUUAAUCCGGUUUUCCAAGUAAGAGUGCCUUGCGCCAUUUCUGUUUUGAGGGACUUUAGUAAAAGGUAGCUAGGAUUAAACCUGGAGCCUCAUAGCCAAAGUAUAUGGUCCAUUAUGGUUCCUUUGUGUAGUGCAUAUAUGUGUAUUCCUUAUGUAAAUUCUGUUAUUUUGGGGGGAUGUCUAGAAGUAUUUAAUUGAUUUUUACCAGGAAGGCUUGUUAAAACUAAUAGUUUCCAAAUGCUGACUGGUUUAGGUCAUGGGCUUGUGUACUCCUGCAUCUGUACUAGCCCUUAUGAGGAGCUAGUUCCUUGGGUGGAAAGAAAAGUACCUUUUAAGCAUAGUUUAUACUCUGUCUUUGCCACCUUUUAAACAUUUUCAUGUUUUUAAUAUAUCAUUUUACCAUCCAGAACACAUAUUGUCAACACAUUGGGCUGGAAUUUAUGUUUAUUAAUGAUGUGGAACAGUGUGAUUGGAUCCGGCAGAAGUUUGAGACUCCAGGUGUCAUGAAAUUCAGCAAUGAUGAAAAACGGACGUUGUUGGCUAGAUUGGUGCGGUCAACAAGGUAUGUUGGGAAGGAGUGAUAUUGUCAGGGUGCUGUCAGCGGCUCCCAGCUGGCUGCCCAGGAAUUAAAAAGACAAGGAAAAAUUUCUUACAGUCCUUUUUUAUUUCAAUCUUUAUAGAACCCAGCCUCUUGGAUAAUGGUGUUGUCCCAAGUGACUCUCUACCUCCCCCCCCCGUCUUUCCCUCUUUGUCAUUCUCAUCAUCUCCUCUAUGGGUGCCAUUAAGUGCCCUCUGUCUUUGAGCUCUUUGCUCUCCUACUUUUAAGGCUCGCCGGGUUCUGGGAGAUGGAGGAUCUGGAAUGCUUUCUAAUGACAAUGUGUCAGCCGCGUGUUGUUCUGGCUCUUCCAUGAUUUCCCAACUUUCCCCCUCAUCUGCUUCUGAGCUGCGACCACCCUAAACCCCUGUUCUAAAUCUAUACAGUCAUACCUCGUGUUGUGUCUGCUUCAUGUUGCAUCUUUUCGCCUUACGUCCCGCGGCAACCAGAAGUACUGGAACAGGUACUUCCGCGUUCCACCGCUCGCGCAUUCACAGAAGCGCUAAAUCAUGUUGCGCGCGUGCGCAGACAUGGCACUUCUGGAUGCGAAUGCUUCGAGUUGCGGACGUGCCUCUGGGACGGAUUACGUCUGCAACUCGAGGUUCCACUGUACUGUCUUCCUCUUCCUCCUCCCUGGAAGGGUCAGGAUGCAGGGGGACUCAUAUGGAUUCUAGAUGGGUCCAAAAAAUGGUUAGCAUCUCACUAUGUGGGAGUUACAGCCACUGCCUUAAAAUAGUGGUGCAGCCCCUCUUGAAGAGUCCUCCCCUAGCGCCAGAGGUUUUAGAAAACUACUUCUCUAGAUGAAGCAGAUUAUCCAGACCCGUUUCAGUUUCAGGCCCCAUUUUAGCAUUAAAACAGCCUUGACCACCCUGAUUGAUGGCCUUUAUUGAGAAAGUGACAGGGGAGUGCAACUCGGUUGGUUCUCCUUAAUUUCUUAGUGGCCUUUGAAGCCAUUGACCCUGAAGUUCUUCUGGAACUACUCAGGGGGUUAGAAGCUGCAGGCACUACAUUACAGUGCUAUUGCUUCUCCCUUAGGGUCACUACCAGAAAACAGUUCUAGGAUGCUUUGCCCAAAUAGUUAUUGGGCUAUGGGGUCCUGUGUAGAUCUGUUAUUUGCUGGCUUGGGCUGUGGGGAGCUGUAGUUAAAACAUUUGAAUGGCAGUGGGGAAGGAUGUUUUAGUUGCAUUAAAUAAUAAUAAUAAUAAAUAACAUGAAAGCAAGGAGCUGAUAAAAAUAUGGUCAUGUUCUAUUGGCACGCAUCAGUUCAUGAACAUAACCAUUAAGAUUGGUUCUGCUCUAGAACAUUUGGGUAGAUAUUUUAUACUUUGUUACUCGGAUAUAACAUUUGCUUUCUAUGGCAAUGUUUAUAUAGUGAGACAGCAGUAUAUAAUUCCUGCCCAAGUUUAAUUAAAAGAGAAAUGAAUUUGAACCACAUGCUUUUUAAUAAACAGGUUACCAUGGUGUUUGAAUGACAGGCUGUUAACAGUCUGCCACACAGAAUGUUUUCUCAUUUAUCUUCCUGAUAUGUGCACCCCCCCUUUCUCCACAACAUACAUAUUGUGUCCUGCUGUACAUAUUGUGUACUGGUUAACUAGAACGAUUUGCAUAGAAAACUAGGGAGGAGCCUGAUAUAUCCUAUAUAUAUUCAUGCAGAAAAAAUGCUAGGAAGAGGAACGAAGCUCACUGUCUGCCUGUCUUGUUCAGAAUAAGGACUAGAAAGGACUGCCUUUACACUCUGCAAUUUCUAGAGAUGCUAGCUAUAGCAUGGCCACACUCCCAAUAAUGAUAGACAGCUUGUGACAAAAAUCUAAAUAAAAAAUUCUGUAACAGAUAUUUUUUCAUGUUUUGCAUUCAGAUCACGCAAGCUGCGUGUCCUGCAUAAAAUCACUUAGCUUGCAUAUUCUGAACUGAAUAUUUGGGAGUUUUGCCAUUUGCAAAAAGAAAGGGUUAGACAGGAAAGGAGAAUUGGGUCAACAGGAAUGUUGUGCUAAGGGAGAUAAUGAAAGGCUAGGAGUAUCCCUGCUUGUUUCUCAAGGAACUCUGGGAAUUGUAAAGGGGGCUACGUAUUUCUAGAUACUCAGGGUUUCUCUUAACCCAGAAUUUGGGCUACUUUAAACUGCAGUUUCAGCCCCUGGUAUAAGAAAAAUCCUGUUUAGCUUUUUGCUGAUGUCAGUGCUGAUUUUUCCCUUAAAGGUACCCCUGACCGUUAGGUCCAGUCGCGGACGACUCUGGGGUUGCGGCGCUCAUUCCUCUCUAUAGGCCGAGGGAGUUUGUCCGCAGACAGCUUCUGGGUCAUGUUGCCAGCAUGACUAAGCUGCUUCUGGCGAACCAGAGCAGCGCACAGAAACGCUGUUUACCUUCCUGCCAGCGCGGUACCUAUUUAUCUACUUGCACUUUGACGUGCUUUCGAACUGCUAGGUUGGCAGGAGCAGGGAUCGAGCAACGGGAGCUCACCCCAUCGCGGGGAUUUGAACCGCCGACCUUCUGAUCGGCAAGCCCUAGGCUCUGUAGUUUAGACCACAGCGCCACCUGCAUUCCCUGAUUUUUCCCUUAACCAUGGCUGAAUGGUUUUGUGAAUGAGAUUUCCUACAGGGAGCGUGCUCUGGAGGGGAUAGUUUGCUGCCUUUUGUUUAGUGGGGAGCCAGUUUUAAGUGUGCUCACUGAGUAGAUCCUUUGCGUUACCAGGGACCAACACAUAUACCAAUUUCCUCAUCUGAUCACUGAAUCUCAUGUCAAUAAAAGAGAGACUUUGGUUUUAUAACUCAGUAACUUGUGCAUGCUGCUUCAUAGCAUAAUCAGGAACCUAGGUUCAAAAAUUAGUGAUGAGCACUUUGACUCAGUUGCUGGGUGCCAAAUUGAAGAGCUGGAAGUAAUACAAGCAGAGACUGUGCAACUUUGGAUAAUAAAAUGCAGCUUAAAGGAAACUAAAAAGCUGUCAUUCUAUCUCACUUUCACGUUCAGCAGGAAUGAUGGUUCUCAACUGGAGUUGUCACUGUUUAACUUGAGACUGUUCCCAUGUGGAAAGAUUCUCUGUUGGUGUAAAUCAUAACUCCUUGGUUUUACUUGGUCUCUGCUAGAUUAUGCUGUGUGAGGGACUCUGGCCUAAGGUUUUGAUAGCUUCAUGUUAAGUAUCUGUCAAGUCAAAAGAAUAAGGUAUUUGAAUUAAUCACUUCCAAUUUGUACCUUAAGAUUUUAUCAGUUUUAUAAAUAGAGAAAUUCUAAGUAUGCUUACUGGGAACAGACAGCAUAAUCCUAACUCUGUCUAUUUGGCAGUAAAUAUUUGGAAGUACUGAAUUCAUUGGAGCUUAAUUCCAGGAAAGUAUGGAAUUAUAGAAUUGUAAUGUUGGAAGGGACCACAAGGGUUAUCUAGUCCAAUCCCUACAGUGCAGGAAUCUUUUGCCUAAAGUGGGACUUGAACUCACAACCCUGAUAUUAAGAAUCCCAUGCUCUACCAACUGAAAAACUGGGUAAGAUGUAGUCUGUAGACGUGGCACAAUUUUCUAUUUAGGGGCAAUGAGCAUGCUACUGAUGUUUGUUAUGGGAUUUACAACUAAUACUGUAUUGGCCCGAAUAUAAUCCGCACCCGAAUAUAAGCCGCACCUUUAAAAUUCGGGGGGGGGGGAGAAAAAAAUUGGAUUACAGAUGCUUCGGGUUACAGAUGCUUUGGGUUACAAACUCCGCUAACCAGGAAGUGCUUGCUCCAGGUUAAGAACUUUACCCCAGGAUAAGAACGGAAAUUGCACACUAGUGGCGCAGCGGCAGCAGGAGGCCCCAUUAGCGAAAGCAUGUCUCAGGUUCAGAACCGUUUCAGGUUAAGAACGGACCUCUGGAAUGAAUUAAGUUCUUAACCCGAGGUACCACUAUACCUGAAUAUAAUCCACUCCCAUAAAAUUCCACAGGCACUCACACCCGUUCCGUUUUACCGUAUGUCUGUUUCAGCAGUGAUAUCAUAAAAGCCAAUUUUUGUAAGGUCGCGAAUUUAAGCCACCCUUUUCACGGUCGGAAUUUGGGGUAAAAAGUGAGGCUUAUAUUCAGGCCAAUACGGUAUUACUGUAUGUUUAACUGGACUGCUUACUAGGAGAGCCCCAUGAGAGACAGAAAUCAGGAUAAAAUUUUAAAGAAAUAAGUAAUUCAUAGUAUUAAUUGGUCCCAUGAUAUAUACGGUUCUUGCAAAAUCUUGGUAGCUUUAGCUCCUAAAGUGAUCAUAAAGACAUUUCUUCCCAUUUAAUGUUUAGUUAAAAAAAAGAGAGCUUUAGUUAGAAUAAUUUUUAAUUGUGUACAUUGAUUCUAGCCCACUUGCAUUAAAAAAACAUAUGCUUAGAUCUGUCACUAAAGGAUAGCUUUAUUUUUCUGGUUAUUGAUUCUCAAGGAAUGUAUUCCAGUAUAGUUGUUGCUGGCAGAUAACCAAGCAUAAUAUCAUCAGUCUAGACAGGUGUGUUACCCGGUGAAAUUCCUAAGUUUGCUGAUUGUUUCAUGCUGUUUGCCUCUCUCUUUCUUCAUUAUUACCUCUUUCUUUUUAAAUAGCAUAGAAUUAUUGCUUGUUGCUUCACUUCCUUAAUAAGUGCUCUCCCUUAAAUCUAUCUUCAUGGACAGAUUUGAGGAUUUCCUUGCUCGGAAAUGGUCGUCAGAAAAACGCUUUGGUUUGGAAGGAUGUGAAGUCAUGAUCCCAGCUCUGAAAACCAUCAUUGACAAAUCUAGUGAAAUGGGAAUUGAGUAUGUUAUAUUGGGCAUGCCUCACAGGUAACUAUUUGCCUAUUUUAAUUUAAUGAUCAUGAUCACACAGCAGUGUGCAAUUUAAAAACAUGUAAUAGUUACAUUUGUUAACACAGUUACAUUUUAAAGUUUCAGCAUACUGCUAUUUCCACAAUAUUCUUAUUCCUUAGUUUCCCUAUUUUUUUUGUUUCUGUUUAUUUAUUUUUUAAAAAGUAAGCCAAUUUGAGCAAUGUUUUCACUUUAUUUCAUAAGCACACACAAACAAAUCCUGCACACUUUCAGGUGCUAUAAAAAAUAAAGUUGUUGUUGCUGAAACAAACUGAAUGGGAAGCUAGUCAAAACAUAAAACGGUGAUAAGUUUGUGGAAUUGAACCAGACAAUUGGAACUCAGUAUUCAACACUCUACCGAAGCUGUAAUUUUACUUGCAGUUGCUUAUUAUUGCUCCUAUGUGCGGUUCAUUCACCCAAUUUUUUUUGUCUCCAAGGGGAAGGCUGAAUGUGCUGGCCAAUGUUAUCCGAAAGGAUCUAGAACAGAUCUUUUGUCAGUUUGACCCAAAGCUUGAAGCAGCUGAUGAGGUGCGAUACAAUUUCAUUGGCCAUUAUUACUAAUUUAGCCAUUUUUUCUCCCGUUGGAUUCUUUCCUGUUAAAACUAAAGUUAAGGCUAAUUAUGUGUGUCAUACUCAGAUUCCUUCAGACCUGUAUUCUGAAGGCUUCCAGAUGUUAUAUAAUAUCUCAGGAAUGCAGGAUGUUCUCUCUUCCUAUCUGGGCACUACCUCUCGAAGGGAGGAGCUGGAACAUUUGCUGGGGGUAUUAUCUCAAAUGGUUGUAGUUUCUGCAGGCUGUGUCUUGGGAGAGCACUGGAGGCUGUCCUGCAAGCCCGAGGUGUGUCAGAUUGUGACAGGUAAUUUCUGCUGGGACUGCUGCCAAAUGGGAUCGAGGGGUUUCUGCACAGAGAUCUGUGAAAGUGCCACUGAACGUCUCAUCCCAGUGUGACUGGUUUCUAGCCACUCUUCUCUCACAUCUCUGUAGCCAGGCAGACAGCAGGGGUGCAGUGACAAAGCAAAAUAAGAUUAAGUCAGGAUACCAAGUUCAGAUAUAAUGAUAAAUCACACGACGCAAGCUGAGUCACAAGCCAUCUUCAAACCAUAAUUUCCUAUGGUAGAUUGUUGGCGCCAGUCAGACCUUAGUUGGCUGUUGUGGAUUUAGAGGUACAAAUAAGAUAGACUAGCUAAAUAAGCCAUAAUUUUGUGUUAAAUACGAACCCAGCCAUUGAGAUGAUAGAUAAUGUUUGAGUGUUUGGACUUUCAUAGUUUCUGGUGUCUUAGGGAUCUGGGGAUGUAAAAUAUCACCUGGGAAUGUACCAUGAGAGAAUCAACCGAGCAACAAACAAAAAGAUCACCCUAUCACUUGUGGCUAACCCAUCUCAUUUGGAAGCUGUGGAUCCUGUUGUACAAGGGAAGACCAAAGCUGAGCAGUUUUACAGAGGGGAUACUGAAGGGAAGAAGGUAACAUUGUCUGGAUAAUAACUUCUGCUUGACCUCAUUUCUAAUAGCCUGUGGUAGAUUUCAGCUGUUGAAAUAAAAAGAUGCCACUUGUGUCUUCAGAAUACUUUUUUUUUUUUUACUUCAGUUGAGUCGAUGUAGAAAAUGUUUGAGACACGUAGCUUCUCCCACAUUUUCAUUUUAAGCUAAUCACUUUCAAUUGCCAUGAACGUUCAAAAUGGCAGUUUCUUAAAGAGGUCCAGUCAGAAACAAGUUUUGUUGAAAGGCUACUUUGAGAAGGGAUUGAAAGCAAGAGUCCAACUCCGCUGGCAGAAUGGCUUGCUGCCAAGCCGUGUUGCAACAGAUCUUUCCCAUCCAUAAUCCUCAGUUGGAUCCUAGAUGACCAUGUGCCCUCUUGAGAGCCAGAUGUGGACCAGAUAGCAUCAGUUAUUGAUCGUUUCAGUGACGUAUCAGAUUCUUUACAACUUGCAUAACAUUAGGAGGGGGGAAAGGGAAUUAAACUAGGGAUUUGUGAAACUUGUUGACGGAUGAAUAGCACCAGUAAUUUUUAACUCCCUCUCCACUUAGGUUAUGUCUAUACUUUUACAUGGCGAUGCUGCCUUUGCUGGGCAAGGAGUUGUUUAUGAAACUUUUCAUCUCAGUGAUCUUCCCUCAUAUACCACCAAUGGCACCAUUCAUGUUGUGGUCAACAAUCAGGUAAAAAGCAGAAAUAGGAAAUUGGGUUUCCUUAAUAGCUUUUGGCAAGCUUUUCCGUUGCCUUCAUGAUACAUAGUGGACAGCACAUUACAUUCUUCCCUUGAACCAAGGGGUUGCUCUGUGGCUACAGGAAGCCUUUAUGAGAAGGGAAACUAAAGGCUUUUUGGAAAAAGUUACCAGAAAGGCUGGGAAAAAAUCCAAGGGAAGACAGAAAGUUUUUUUCCCUGCUGUUUAUGCAGGGUCACUCUGAAUUUAGAAGGCAAAGUGUUUUAUUGCUCAUGUCGAAAUUGGUCAUGAAUCGCCAUGAAAUGACGCGGUGGCUUUUUGCCCUCCCUGUCUCCAGCACCAAUAAAAUGUUAAUGUAUGUAAGAAAAGAAUGAAAUGUGAUACCUUUCAGAACUUGUUCUUCCUAACUGAAAAGCAUAGCAUCCUGCUGUAUAAAUAACGAGUCUGUAAACUGAAAUGUCAGUUCUCAACACACUUUGAAACACUGCCACUAAAAACUACAUGUUAAGUAUUGCGUUUUAGAUUGGCUUUACUACUGAUCCACGAAUGGCUCGCUCAUCGCCAUAUCCAACUGAUGUUGCUCGCGUGGUCAACGCACCUAUCUUCCAUGUCAAUGCUGAUGAUCCUGAAGCAGUGAUGUAUGUCUGCAACGUAGCUGCAGAUUGGAGAAACACUUUUAAUAAAGAUGUGGUUAUUGAUCUGGUAAGUACUGUCAUUCUUUACUGUUGAAUGGUCUUCCCUGCAUAUGGGGCUAGGUGGGCAUCCAUUUUCCACUACAGCUCUUUAUGCCCCUUCAAAUCUCUCAUGCAAGUUGAGGGGCUCCGAAACAGCCUCCAUUGAAGGUUGAGGAGCUGUGGUGGAAAGAGAAAAUCUGCAUAACCCUGCAACGCGUUGAAAUACUUGAAGUAUGUGCACACAGAGUCUUUUAAACCUGGACUUUUAACUUAGUGAAGUAGGUUCUGAAUAUGAUGAUAUAGUGUUAAUUACAGAUUGUGCAUUUCCGUUUGUAGCAUCUAAAAGAACAGGACCCAAUAGUGCUCUGAAUCUGAAUCCCUUAAAAAUGUAUUUCACCUCACAGAUAAGAAGGGAAAAUGUUACUCCUAUCUGUAACCUUUUGGUUUGCACUCUGUCUGGGCUCUGAAACUAAUUUACACAAUCCCAGAAUCUUUAAAAAAAGAAAGACCUGACUUAUGUGCCUUUAUUGCUUCCUGGCCAUACUUAAUUACUAUGCUUUUGUAAGAGAGUACAAGAAAGGAGGGAGAAAAAAACCCUCUUGUGUUGUAUGCAUUUUGGUCUCUAGGAACUCUCAAGAGUCAAAUUGGGAAGAUAUCCCAGAGGAAUUAUCCCUGGGAUGUUGGGGGAAGUAUACUCUCCAAAGAAGAAGAUGAAACAGCUUGAAGCAUCCAUCCCUUUAUUGCAUUUAUAGACCUUUCUGCCAAAGCUCCCACCGAGGGAUUCACAGUUUUAAAAUAUUAAUUCAAACAAACAGUACAAAAUAUUCUCAGGCCUAAUUCAGGAGCUGAUGACACUGGCCUCUGGCACAGGGAUUUAGCUGUAGAUUCCUGGGUGUUUUGAUUUCUGAUGUCAGGGAGACUACCAAACUUCUGCCAGGACUGAGCGAGCUAAGUCAGGAAAAUAAUGGGGGGUGGCGCGGCAAUUCUGCUCACUGAGCUUUCAGCUGCUCUGGAAUUCUUUCCAGAACUGGGUGCAACAGCUUCGGGAACGAAAUUAUUUUUUAAGAACUACGUAGCUGGUGGGAACUGCAAACUGUAAAGUAAAUUAUAGAGAGGGCUGAUCUUUAGAAAGCAACGAAGGCCCUUAAUUGUUCUUUUUAUUGCCCAUUUCAUUGUGAUCAUUGCAUUGACUGAAAUAUGUAGGUUUGUUACCGAAGACGGGGCCACAAUGAAAUGGAUGAGCCCAUGUUCACCCAGCCUUUGAUGUACAAGCAGAUUCACAAGCAGGUGCCUGUGCUGAAGAAGUAUGCCGACAAGCUAAUAGCUGAUGGAACUGUGACGCUGCAGGAGUUUGAGGUAACAAUGCUAGCAGUGGAGAGGGCCAUUAAUGGUGCUGGUUUUGUAACAAGUAAUACUGCUAUAGCUUUCUAUUUUAACUGGUUUGAUUUGUUUUAAUUUUUCGAGGUCUGGAAAUAACUUCUGACUUACUCCUUAAUACUUCCAAAUAAAUUAUCCUUAGGGGAAAUCGGUUGGUUGCCUCAGUAAUUUCAAAAAAGAAAAACAUGAAGAGCAAGAGCAGUAUGUAAUGGUGCAUUGGUUCACAGCAGCAGUAGCAGUGAAAACUAUGCAUGCAAAAUAGUGUUUUGGAUUUGCAGGGGACACCUCUAAACCCUAGAAAUGAAUAAAUGGUAGGAUUCAGUGUUCCCUUGCGCCAGUAGCGGCUUAGUCAUGCUGGCCACAUGACCCAGAAAAACUGUCUGUGGAAACAGACAAACGCUGGCUCCUUCAGCCUGUAAAGUGAGAUGAGUGCUGCAACCCCAGAGUUGUCUGUGACUGGACUUAACUAUCAAGGGUCUUUUACCUUUACCUUUUUUUAGUAUUUGGAUGAUUAGGAGUAUUCAGGGAAAGGCCUCUAGCUGGCUUCAUCUUGCAUGGGGCAGGAGCCUAGUGAAAUUUCUUUUGUGUUAUUUCUUUGCACCAUCACUGUGUGUGACCUUUGAGAAAGAUGUUCCUGCCCCGAAGGGCUUUAAUUUGACACAGGAAGGCGAACGUGAUAGGCUGAGGUCCAGGGUGGAUCCUGAGUUCUGCUGCGAGACAUAAGCCAGGGUCUCUGAGUUUAGACUUUGGGAUUCCCAGACAUCUCCCAUCUGUAACCUCUUCCUCCGUUUUUAUUUUCCUUUCUGUCUCCAAGCUCCUAAGACAGUGGUGGCGAACCUUUUAGAGACCGAGUGCUCAAACUGCAACCCAAAACCCACUUACUUAUCUCAAAGUGCCAUCAUGGCAAUUUAACCUAUAUAUCUCACGUUUUCUGUGUGUUUCACAUUUCUUUUUUAUACUGCUGUUGUAAUAAAUAAUCCUUCAUAAAAGUUAUUGCAUUACAUUCUUCAUUAAAUUAUCUUUCCACUGAUAAAAAAGGAGUAGUAUGUAAUUGCUGAAUAAUAAAGAGAAAAGAGAAUCAUGAGUGAUUUACCACCAGCUAGACUGGUGACUGGGAGUGGCCGCCAAGACCAUACAACACCGGUCCUGAAAGACCUACAUUGGCUCCCAGUAUGUUUCCGAGCAGAAUUCAAAGUGUUGGUGCUGAGCCCUAAAUGGCCUCAGCCCAGUUUACCUAAAGGAGCGUCUCCACCCCCAUUGUUAAGUCCGGACACUGAGGUCCAGCUCCAAGGGCCUUCUGGCGGUUCCCUCACUGCGACAAGUGAGGUUACAGGGAACCAGGCAGAGGGCCUUCUCAGUAGUGGUGCCUGCCCUUCAGAUGUCAAGGAAAUAAACAACUAUCUGACUUUUGGAAGACAUCUGAAGACAGCCCUGUUUAGGGAUCUUUUUAAUGUUUGAUGUUUUAUUGUGUUUUUAAUAUUCUGUUGGCAGCCACCCAGAGUGGCUGGGGAAAUUAUUAUUAUUAUUGGCAGACCAAUGAUAGAAAAGUGCAAGGAUUUGCAGAUUUGGUGGCCAUGAUACCUGUCCCCACCCUCUGGUGAUCAUCGCUUCCCUUGUUUCUAAAUUCAUGCCGUGCUUUGUAGGAACUCGGAAAUCCUUGUUCCUCCCCAGAGUCCUGUGAGCAGGUUUGUACAAGUGGCUUCUGCCCAAUGUCCUCCUGAUUCUCCCCACUCCCACUGUAACCAUAUAAUAUAUGGUAAAAAACUUUGUUGUUGUUGUUUAGUCGUUUAGUCGUGUCCGACUCUUCGUGACCCCAUGGACCAGAGCACGCCAGGCACUCCUGUCUUCCAUUGCCUCCUGCAGUGGUAAAAAACUAAUUGCUUGUAAAAUUGUGCUAGGUAUAAAAAACUUGAAUAUUACUGCUUUGAUGGAAUUUUAGUUUUCCCUAUCCUUCUGCAUUCCCGCUGUGGUAUUUGUCACAUGAUGUUUCGCCCCUAUUCUACAGGAAGAAAUUGCAAAGUACGAUAAGAUUUGUGAGGAAGCUUAUUCUCGAUCCAAAGACAAUAAAAUCCUACACAUUAAGCACUGGCUUGAUUCACCUUGGCCAGGUAGGAAGUGUUGCUGUAAAUCUCAUUGGCUACAUUUCGAUGUCACAGUAAAACAUGGUUUAUUGUGAUAGGAGGGAAUGUGGUUGUCUCCCCUUUCCCCUUCUCUGCGGUGGCUGCAAGAUGCAGAUUGCAGGAGGACAACUCUCAGCUGCAGCCUAUAGUUUUUCUGAGGGAGACAAGCCAUGAGCCUGGGUCUCAGCAAACCACGGCUUAGCUCCAGUUAGCGAGGUGGCUGCAGUUUCUGCUGUGAGUCUUCACAUGCUUGCACAUUUAUGCUUAGCCAUGGUUUGGCUUAGCAUUUCAUGAGAUUUAGGCCUAUGUCAGCUUCCCCUUCUGCUUCCCCUUGUUGUUUAAAAACAGCAGCUAUUUUGCCCCCCCCAUUCCUUUUUAACUGUACAAAAACGUCUGUCAUAUUUACCUCCUCAGAUGACCCUCAAAUGAUGCUAGUGACUGCUUUUCUAGGUGUACAAACAAGUAAAAUUGAGGGGGGCUGGAAGCUGCCUCCGUACCAGUAUUUUUAAAAAGCAAAAGAGAAGAGAAGGCAUUUGUUCCUUUCCAAGAGAGUUGGGUACAUUUCACCUCUCAAUUCCCCCAAAUUACUCUGCCAGUUCAGGGUUGGCCUGAAAUCCCCACUCCCAAUUCGGCAGAUCUCCACGCUGGAAUAAAGUUCCAUUUUUACAUGCAAACAAAUGAGCCAUGAAAAGAUGUACCCUCCCUCUCCCGUGCCCCCAGGAACUCCAAAAACUACUACAAAUGCCUGUUUAGCCCUCUAGCCAGGCGAAAAAGGAACACUUUUCUUAAGGGCCGGGGGUGCAGUUUAGCAUUCGGUUCCAGGUCCCCACUUGUGUGUUUCUAAAGGGGGAAUUUGUUAUUACUUUUGUUACACAUAAUGGGAUUUCUCUAACAAGCAGGAUCUUUCUGGAAAAAGUUUCUGUACUUUUUCAACAUGUCUCGCCAUGUUUCAGGUUUUUUCAAUGUGGACGGAGAACCAAAGAGCAUGACUUGCCCUCCAACUGGAAUUCCUGAAGAUAUGCUGAUUCAUAUUGGAAAUGUAGCCAGCUCUGUGCCUCUGGAAGGAUUUAAAAUACAUGGAGGUGAGAACUUAAUUCUUACUAUAUUUCCAGCACUGGCUUCCUUUUUCUCUAGAGAUGCAGCGCUGACAGGAGAAUAUUUGCUAGCUGAAUGCUGAUUCUCCCUGUCCUGAAUUUGGAACGCCGUCUGUUUCCUGAACAGAAGAAACUUCUUCCCUUUCAUAUCCCUUUCCAUUAAAAAGUAGUGUUUGAUGUACAUACUACAAGUGCACAGCAUUACCAGCUAGGAGGUUGUAUGUUUCUCUUUUUUGUUUAGGCUUAAUGCUCAUACAAGCAACAUUAAUGAGCUUUGCUAAUUAUUAUUUUCAGCCUUAUUGAAUUGAAGCAAUCAUGAGUUUAUUGUUAACUUCAGUGGUCUGGCAGACAUUGUGCAAAGGACUAGGGAAGUUGUGGCACUUGAAUUAGUGUUAAAUUAAUAGUACUUGCAUUUAUGUGAGGGGCUGAUUGACUGUAAAGCCAUGUUAUAUGUCCUUGAGGAAUUACUGUGGAUUGACUGAUCUUUGGCUGUUUAGCUCUCCAUAUGAUUCAUGGUGGUGCUACUUUAGUUGUACGUUUAUAUUCUCCAUGUGAAAACAUUCUUUAAAGAAAAGUGUUUCAACUGAUGCUUUGCACAACACUUAAAAGUGAUUAAAAUGUAGAAGAAAAGGUGGACGUUGGGAAGAGGUUGGAAAGAGAGAGGUUCUCAAGGGAAUCAACAAGAUUUGAGGGAUUACAUCUCAUUGUUAAAAAUGCCUCUGCAGAGAUUUUUGCCUCUGGAGGCAAGAGCUAGCAAAUUACAUUUGCUGCAUGGUCUGUAACCUGCAUUGAUUCAUUCUCUAACGUGGGUCUGUAAAGUCACAUUAUGAGCUGUGUGAGAUUUGAAUAAUGCUUUGAUGAUCACAUCUGUCUUUCUUUUAUUUAUUUUCCUUCCUCUGAGAUUGAUCAACAGGGGUUGUUUUAUACAAUUAAAAUUCCUGAGAAGUUAUUACAGCAAAGCUUUCAAUUACACAUCUUCAAUGUUUUGUUUUCAAGUGGCAUGUAAUUAACAUACACUUUCUUAUUAAAUCAAAAUAUCAUUAUUCAUUAGUAAGUAUCUGGAGAAAUCCUUAUAUACAAAGUGUAGCUUCUAGUUCUGUCCUCUGUUGCUAUGCAUUGAUGUGUAAAUAUUUUAUUAAAUAUGCACACAUGUUCCCGAAACACUGAAAAGUAACAUGGUGCUUAGAGUGAACCAUCUGCUUGGUGCCUCUAAUUUUUAAUAGGCAAUUGUUAGGUUGAUAUGGAUUUGAUGUAUCAACCAUACUACAGUUUUGAAAUUGCUUCAUUCAUAAAAUAAAUAUUGCUUGCCAAAAUCAUUCAGCAAAAUCUUAUUCAUGAAACAGCACAGCUAGCUACGCAAGACUUUUCAUGAAUAAGACAGAAACUUUGCCUGUAAUAAAAAUAUUGAAUUAGGCAAGGAUUUGCUUAUUUCAUGAAUGAAGCUGAGAAUGUGGUUAAUUCAUAUAUUAGACAGAGCUAUUCGGCUAUAUUAUUUCAUGAAUAAAGCAAGUUCACUCAUAUAUACAAUGAAGGGUUUUGAAUAACUAAAAAGUGGAACAAAAAGCAUAACGGCUUUGAUAUUGGAACUUGUUUAUGUAAGGGAGUAUAAGUUUUCCAAGCCUUCAGUCUUAAUCUAGUAACAUUCUUAAAAAGAAAUAUGCUAAUAAUUUGAGGUGUAAAAGUAUACCAUCGUUGAUGGAUACAAUAAAAGAGGUAUUCAGUUUUAGUGUGUGAUUAGCAAGCAGGAAUUGUGAUAGUUAACAGUUUUGCUAUGGAGCAGUGUAGGUGGAGAGAUAAAAUAUUAAGAUCGAGAACUGAAAUAUAGCUGGAGCUUAAUUGUGUGAAAUGUUAUCAAUAUAAGGACAAUGAACUUGUGGUUGAAAUGAAUUGUCUGGAUUGUGAAUGACUAGUAGAAGCAUUCAGAAGGGAGGAAAGUCAAAAAGACAUUCAGGUGAGGUCACCAUUUAGUUAUCAGUAUUUUGCUCUCUUGGUUGUGUUUUCUUAGCACUCCAGUCUUCAUCUUGUGAAUGGAGACAUGUAUUGGUAUCCUGAUAACGUUGUUAAUUGCAGCCAGUAAUUCUUCUUUUCUCCUCCCUCUCCCCACUUAGGACUUUCUCGGAUUUUGAGAAGUCGACUGGAAAUGACAAAGAACCGAGUUGUCGACUGGGCCUUGGGGGAAUACAUGGCUUUUGGGUCUUUGUUGAAGGAAGGUAUCCAUGUCCGACUAAGUGGGCAGGAUGUAGAAAGGGGCACUUUCAGGUGAGUUGUAUAAUACAGCUGCUGCUUAUCCGGUAGAAAAUGUCAUACGGAUUUUGCUGUGAGUUAAUGCUAAACUGGGUCACUCUGAGGGAUGGAUGUCUUGCUGUGUGUAACAGGUAACAUGUUAAAUGCUAUAGGGGAAUGCACAUGUAAUUGCAUGAGGUAGUUGAGUAUGAACAUGAAUUUGAAUUAAGAAGUAAUUGCAAAAGCUCAGGAAGAGGUGUUAGGGAGAGCUACUGUGAUGGUGGAAGGAAAGAGAUCAGGCAAAGAAAAACAGGUAUAUAAACAGCAUAAAAGGGUAGGUGAACUAACUGGGGUGGGGACUCCCAAAACAGCACACUGAGCAUGCUGACUUGCUGUUUUGGUUUACAUCAGAGUGGUCGAGAGGGGGGUCUUGUCAUUUGAGCAGCCCAUGACCUCCAUAUGUGCUGCCCAGACUUGUGUCCUGGAGAGAUCACUCGGAUGCUACUAACACAGCAAAAACAACACGGGAGACAGAGGUUAAGAGUUACCGGUCUCUGCAGCCACAGCAGGCGCUGUGAUUCUCUGGAAGUUUGGCUUCACCCCCAGAGGUGCUUUCCAUUGUCUCUCGAGACAGAUGGGUGCCAAAGACAACAUGUUGCAGGGUGAAAGGUUCGAGUGGGAAGGAGAAUGAAAUUGAAUGACAGGAAUGUGGAACAGGGACACUUCACACUGCAAUCUUUUGUAGCAACAGGGCAGCACACAGCAAUCACAAAAUGCAAUCAUAAUGCCGCAGUAAUUAAAAUUAUUUGAUUUUAUAUGAUAGCAAACCUCUUUACUGAGAACCUAUCCUUAGAUAGCCAAAGCAGCAGCAUCCAUACUGAAGACUGGAUGUAUCAGCUGGUGUAGGGGAGUUCUAAGAUUUGCAGAUGGGGGGAAACUUGGGGGGGUCUAAGAUCAGGGGGAAACCCUAAACAGCUGGUAGGAGUAUACUCAGUGACCGCAGAACCCUGAGUGUCUUUUUUGUGGGAGGAAGGAUAAUAAAACUGGGGGAGGGGAAAUAGAAUGGAAUGGCAUUGGUUGGCUGGAACCCAUGAACAAAGAGCACUUCAUGUGCUGCAAUAGAUCCCAUUUGGACCCACUGAAUUUUUUCUCUCUUUCAGUGUGCUCAUGCAGGUUGGAAGAUUUUUGACUUUUAGAGCCAAUCUGUACAUUAUUUGGAUCAAUGACCUGUUAGACUGAAGUGAGCUACAACACUUCAGACUGCAUAUGGGAGAUCGGGGACUACAUAUGGGAGAACGUGCUUUUUUUAAAAUGGUUACCCACAAAGGAAGUCACUGAAUGUGGCAGACUAGCUUAUCCGAGUGAAUGCUACAGUAAACCCUUUGGUGUGCUUGGUUUGGUGGGCAGGUUUUGGUUUUCAAGAACGGGGCCCGUGCAAAAACCAGGACACCUCCGCUUGCUUCCGAAAACCAUAUGGUCUAGAAUCCCACCAUAUUUGCCUACUGUCUUUUGCUACACGAUGCGUAGAUCAUUUGCUAGAGGGGUUUUAUAGGGAAACGGGUCGACAAAAAUGGCCACCUCCAUUGCACUUCUGUAGUUGUCGCGUUUUAACCUCCGGCAUGCCAUUGGCUCCGGUUUUACGAUAUUAACUAGUUUCUAUUUAGAGUGGUGAACGGUUGUUGCUAAGAUGCUUUAGAAGAACAGAAUUUCUGCUGGCAAUUUGUUCAGCUUCGGCAGGCGUGCACCGCAGAAUAGCUAUUAUCAGGGUAAUAGCCCUUCUUCCUUUAGUGGUUGUAGAGCUUGAACAUAUUGGUGUGUUUCACUCAGUUAGUCUUGCUCAGGGAGUUAAUGGAUUACAGUAAUUACUUCAGUCAUCUCUGUUUUGAUAAUGUUCCUUGGUGCACCAUUCUAAUGCUGAUUAAUGGAGCUCUAGAGGGCACUAAGCAGCGAGCCGAUGAAGGGUGGGCAACGAGGACCGGAGGAUGCAGCUCUUUCAAGACUUGAACCUGAGAAGUGCUCAAGGAGCUGAAAGCCGGUGCACAAUACAGGCUGCACAUGACUCAAGGCACGAGGAAUAGAAUUUCACAGCUAAUUAUAAUUUGAGCGAAAGCAGCCCUGUUGUGUAAUGGCUUCCACACUUCAUAUUUUAUGGAGUGUAACUGCAUGCCACUAAAAGCUUCAUGCAUCGCGCAGCAACAAUUGCAAAGUUAUCUGCAGCAGCGUCAGCCUGUUGUCAGAAGUGAAUACUUGAGAUAUUGAAGAGCUUUAAUUUAAAAUAACAGUAAUGGUUAAUCCCUUGUGACUGCCUAGAUGCAGUGAACGGUAGCUUCCAUACUGGAUGCUGCUGUUGAAUUUUUAUAACUUUAGCCGUAGCUUUAGUCUUUCAAACGUGUGGAAAAAUAAUAUGAGACUUUGUGUAAUGGGAAAGGAUGUGAACUGAGAAAUACCUGAUUCAAAUCUAUGGUCAGCCAGAAACUCACUUUGUGGCCCUGGAGAAGCCAUCAUCUCCCAGUCUCUCUUUUUUUAAAAGGGUUACAUUUAUUUAUUUAUUUAGAUAUAUUUUUUAAAAUUAAAUUUUCUGUUUUACAGUUUAGAAUAUUCAUUUAAACAACCUUAACAUAUCAGUGACUUCCCUUCUUCUCUUUCCAUGGUUCAUUUUGCAUAACAUAAAUCCCUGCAUAUUUUACAUAAACUAAACCAUUCAGUACAGUCAUACCUUAGAUCCUGAACGCCUUGCAAGUCGAACGUUUUGGCUCCUGAAUGCCGCAAACCCGGAAGUGAGUGUUCCGGUUUGCGAAUGUUCUUUGGAACGGGGCUUCCGUGGCUUCCAGUUGGCUGCAGGAGCUUCCUGCAGCCAAUCAGAAGCCGUGCUUGGUUUCUGAACAUUUUGGAAGUCAAACGGACUUCCAGAACAGAUUCCGUUCGACUUCCAAGUUACAACUGUAUUCCAUUAUUACAUCCAUCAAAACUUAUGUACACUGUUGAAUUUAUUGAAAAUGUUGCUGUUUUCAAAUGUACUCAAAACACCCCCCCCAUAUAUUCAGUAAACAUUUUCCAGUCUUCUUUAAACGUAUGUUCUUCUUGUUCUCUUAUUCUAUAAGUUAGGUCCGCAAGCCGCGUAUAUUCCAUGAGUUUAAGUUGCCAUUCUUCUUUAGUUGGGACCUCCCUCGCUUUCCAUUUUGGGGCUAACACCAUCUCCCAGUCUCAGUCCUCAGCCUGCAAAUGGCUAUAAUACUGAGCUGCCUUGCUCGAUGAUUGUUGUAAUAAUUGCGAAGACUCUGAACAUUCGAAAAGUGUUCUGUGUGUGCUCUUGCCACGGUUUCCUUUUCUAAAAGUAUCUUUUCUUAAAAUGUCAUUGUGUUUUUAAAAAUCUUUGUAGCCAUCGCCACCAUGUGCUCCAUGAUCAAGAUGUUGACAAGGGGACCUGUGUUCCUAUGAAUCAUCUGUGGGAGCAGCAAGCCCCUUACACCGUAUGCAAUAGCUCCCUUUCAGAAUAUGGGGUCUUGGGUAAGUUUGGCAGUUUAUUAUUGGAUUACUUGAGUACCUUGAGAUUGUAUAGAACUACAUACCAUACUUUCCCAUGUAUUAGACGAGGGAUUUUUACUCUAAAAUAAAGUUUAAAAUUGGGGGGGGGGGGGUCCGUCUUAUACAUGAUAAAUAACAAGAUUAAAGAUGAAAAAAAUAUUUCUUAAUAAUUCCAGUGGCACCUUUAAGAUCAACUAAAUAUAAGCUUUCAAGGUAUGAGCUUUCAUGUGUAAUACACACUUCAUCAGAUAUUCUGAAGCGGGGGUCACUUCAACCUUAUAACUGUGGAUGACUGUUAUGGCAGUUGGUUCCACAGGGAAGGGCAAGGGAUUUUUAAAGGGAUAGAUGACCAAAAUUGGCCUCAGUAUGUAUAAUGGGACAUGAAUCCAAUAUCUCUAUUCAGACCAGGUCUCCAUAGGUCUCUCCAUGUCAUAUACAUGGAUAGUGCAGAGGGGGGAUGGGUGAUUGGUUGCAGCCGCCAGCAGGAUCUUGUGAUUGGGUAAGUGAGUGGUGUCUGCUGCAAGGGCUGAUUUUUAUUGGCUGCUGCUUUGUCAAUUUGGUGUGCGUUGCUUGCGAUUGUUAGUGUUUGUCAGUUGGGUGACAACUCUGGGCCAUCUCCCCCCAUUUUCUUUAAUUUUAGUCCCCUAAAAUAGGUGGUGUCUUAUACAUGGGGGUGUCUUAUAGACGAAAAAAUACGGUAGCUUCACUUAUUAGGGUCAGCAGUGCUUUGAAUUUAUCCGAAUCUUUACACUUAGACCUUUGUCUUUAUUUUUUAAAACUGUGACCUCCCUUUUCGGAUAAACAAGCAAAUGGAUUAUUUUUGCAAUAUGCUUGUUAAUACUGGGCAUUAAAACUCUUGAAAUUUUUCAUUCACUUUAGCAUGGGUUUCUUUAUCAUUGAAGGUUGGGGGAAUGAGCUCUCUGCAUUCCUUCUGAUUGCAAGUCAUUUUAAAUAGUAAUUAGGGAAGGACAUUUGACUGCGAGGCAACGUUUUUGAGAAUUACCACUUUGAAAGAGAGAGAAAUUAUUAAUGCUCCAAUAUGCGUAUAGACCAACAGCAUCCGAUCCAGAAAUUCCUGCUUUGUUUUUCUAAACUCAUCCCAUCAUAAACACAAGUAAGCACAACUCCAAAAAGAGAGAGAAGAAUUAAGCCCUGAACUUGAACUUCCAUUUGCGUAAACAAGCAAAAUGAUUCUGUCAUUUUAGGAAUUCCCAUUAGUGUCUUAGAUUGCAGCUAAUUAAGUAAAAAUGAAUUGAAUAGCCCUGCAUGAUGAAGCUUCAAAUUGUUUUUCUGGCAGGUGCACAAGCAGGGAGCUGGCACCUGUUCAGAGCUGCGAGUCAGUGCUGAGUUAUUAUUGAACCACUAAAGAGCACCAAGUGUAUAAUAGUUCUACUAAAAUGUUAUUCUUGCUGGACUAAUUUGCCACAGGGAUAAAUCCACAGCAGCCUAGAUACUCUGCAGUGUAAAAGAGCAUUUUUGGGAAAAGGAAGAAUUAUGUUAAAGAUUAUGGAGAAAAAACAUCUUGUUUAGCUUGCAUUCCUUCACUGUAAACUGGCGUCAUCACUUAUUUUGUAAUUUUAAUGAUGGGGAUUCUGUAGACAGUGCCAGCCUUGUAUUUUGCCAGUCAUCAGCUUGCCCAUGCUAAAUAGCAGCUGCUCCUGUUUAAACAUAUGUGGCAAACUGCCCGGGAAACAUCUAGGUAAUGUCACAAAAACAUAGCACAGCAUUUUAGUUUUCUUCCCCAUAUUGAAAAUGCAACCAUUUUUUUCCUUCCGCAAUUACUGUUAGAAAGAAUCUUAAAACCUAAUGGCAGUCACCUCCUUAUUGGUCUUCAUUGAGAAAUAUAGGAGGAGAUCUGUUCAGAAAAGUGAAGAAGACAUUACAGUAAAUUAAGUGCUACAUUGCCAUUUCAAAGCACUUUGGGUGUUUUCUUCUUUGUUUUAAAUCCCAGCCUGAGAACCCUUGACUAAUGACAAAUCAUGUUGCAUUAAACUGCAGCUUAAUUAAUUUUAAUUGAAAGACUCUUGCUCUUUCUGACAGUCACGCAACUUUCUGUCAGGGAGAAGGGGGAGAGAUAGCAUAAUAUGAAGUGCAAGCUGACGCUGCAUCUCAACACCUCUGUCUGUCAGAGUGACACAUGAAAACAAAGAGGAGAGGCACCAAAAAUUGGGCCGAUCGCUGUUUCCUCAUCUGAUGAUUCUGUUAUCUGAAGUUCUCCAGAUAACAACAUAAUAUUUGUACCAUCAUUGGACUCCACCUUUAGAGGUUUUCUACUAAAGAACACUUGCGCUUAUAAAACCCCAAAUUAUUUUAAUAAAGUGUACUCAUCUGUUAGUUAAACCCAUCAUGAUCCAGAAAUGACUUCCUUCUUUGUACACUAUCAGUUCCUGUCCAUACACACAUACCACCAAUGUAUUGCUUCAUCCUUAAUGUCACCUCCCACCUGAAGGUCAAACUAAAAUAUGUUUGCUUUAGAUUUUUGAUUCGUGGGGUUCCAGCCCCUCUUUUUGGAAUAACUGGGUUGAGACCAGUUUGAUGAGGCCCUAAGCUACUGAAGGUAAUGGUGCCCUCUAUAUGUCCAGCUGCCCUUUGUCAACAACAAAUUGUCGCUGGUUUUUUUGCGUUGAAUAUAUGCUAUAUGGUAAUUUAUGGACCUAAUAGGUAUCUAAAGCCAUUUGCACAUAACAAAUAGGAGCCUACACAACACAAAACACUGUUGCUGUACAUAGGUUUUAUUUUAUUUGUUUUUUAUCUUAUCUUUUGGAAAUGUACAUCCUGGGUUUUUUCCCCUUUAAUUUUUUUGGGGGGCCCCCAAGAGACUGGGGCCCUAAGCUAUAGCUUGUUUAGCCUAUACGUAAAUCCAGCACUGGUUGAGACCAACUGCCACAAGUGACUUUCCACAUGUGGAAUUGUUUCUUAAAACUGUUCCUGUAAAUAAAACCACCAGCACCUUACUAGUAAGGUCAAGGACACAUUCCUGUAUUGUGGAAUUAUUUACGACUUGGGAGACCUGCCCUAUCACUGGAAAUCAUAAGGGAGAAAGCAGCUGUUAGUCUGUCUUUUAUGGUAUUGCUUAAUUUAGUGGUUUUUGACAGUGUGCUGUUAUAGUAGAGUUAGGAGAAAGGAAUUAAUGCAUUGUCAGUUUGAAGACACAAUUUAAAUAUACAGGGCAAUCUUUAAGACUAACCAGAAUAUAAGUAUUGAAAUCUUUCAUGUGUACUUCAGUAGGAUCUUUGACUGAGAUUAAACUAGUUUCCAUUUUUAUCUUGACAAAGCCUGAUUUCCCUAUUCUGAUAUAGUAGCAUGUGUGUGAAUAAGGCUUGAACAAAUGAGCCAUCUUGGGUGUUUCCUCAUCCAUGUCACCCAAUCUGUAGAAAAAGUCUUUGAAUGCUUGUUUAAAAAUAGAAUUGGACUCAAACCUAUCCAGGAAAGCCUAUUUAGCUUCUCCCUUUAUUUAAAGAAUACCUUAGGGAACUUGCAAGAAGAGUUACAAAAGAUUUUCACUAUUUCAGCAGAUGAUGACACAGCAUGACAAUUAGGAUGGUUUUUUUUGAAAAAAUAAAUUUGUCUUGCUGGAAAUGAGUAUUAAUAGCAUGAAAGAGUAUGAAUCUCUGUCAGAGAAUCAGUAGUACAGACACCUUGAAUGAAAGGUUAGAAAGCUAGUAUGUCGUGCUUUCUAACUUUUUGGCAGAGGGAAACAUAAAAACGUGUUUACAGAUGGGUUCUUCACGGAGUUCAGCACCACAGAAACCAAAGCAAUUUAUUGACAUACCUUCAUCAAGAUCUGGCUGAAUGUCUUGAAUACAAUUAGCAUCAGGAUAGCACAUAAAAAUUCACAUCCUCUGCAAAUGAAGUCUGUUUGUGCAUUCAUGGAUGGACAUUAUAAGUGCCACAUUCCUGCACAUAUUCAUUUUUUUUAAAAAAAUAAUAUUUAUUACUUUUGUAGAUUACAAAAAUAGAGAAAAAAGCAAAAAAGAAAAAAACAGAAGAAAAAACAAAGGAGAAAAACAAAAAAGAAAAACAAUACAAUACAAUAUAUAAACAAUACAAAACACAACCUAAGCUCAAAACUAAACACAUUAAACUAAGCUAAACAAACCCCACUCCCUAACCUUAACCCUGAAUAGAACAAAACAAAAACAAAUUAAAAACAUACAUCAUCUCUUUUCCAUACUCUAUCUUUGAUUCCCUUGUUUCCUCGACCUCCUCACACCUCCCUUUUUGUAUUCCACUUCUAUUAAUUGUUUCAGCAAAUCCUUUCCAUCUUUCUCCAUUUUCUAUGAUAUUGUAAAUAACGUAUUUUUUAACCUUAUUUUCCAUUAAAACUAAAAUACUUAUAUGUGCUUAACUCCUUAUAACAUUUCUGUUAAGCCUAUAAAAAAUAAAAAAUCAUUCCACCAUUUUUCUAUCACUCAUUAGUUUUACCAUAAGUCUAUAUAUAAACUUUAAAUUAUCCAAUCUUCUUCCACCAUCUCCUCUCCCAGGUUUCGGAUUCUGCCAGUCCUUUCCGUCAAUUCCAUAAAGUCCAUCAACCUGGUGAUCUUAUGUCCGAGGCUCUUAACUCUUUUCCAAGUCCCUUCUGCAGAUCUUCUUCAUUUUCUUUAAUGCUAAAGAGCAAAUCUCGGGGAAACUCCAACCUGUCAAUCCUUUUCUUCCUUCUGAACAGAUCAGCUAAAUUUCCAUAGUUAAAGCUACAGUCCAUAAAGUAUUUCCGGGCAUAUUUCAAAAUUCCUCCAAUUCCAAAGGCCCCCAAAACUUCAAUCUCCUCCAGGCCCGAGUCCAUGUCCCAAAAGUCAGUUAAUCCCUGCAUAGAGGGCUCUUUCCAACUUUCCUUCUUUAAUCCAAGCCGGGAUCCAUUCCUCGGAGUCUGACUUUUCCUAGAUUCAAUCAUAGAAGGCCUCAAUUUAUAGUCCUCAAUUUGCUUCUGUAAAGCCACAGAUCUCACUUGUAUUAUUUUAUGUUCAACAACAGCUGCAUUCUCCUUCUCCUCCACCAUUUGUCCUGCCAAAAUGGGUUCCUGUACCAAGUCCUGAAUUAUUUCUGUGUUGGUGUUCGCUUUUUGACUCAAGUUGGUCACUUUCUGUUCCAAAUUAUCAACUUUGAGAGUCAUGUCAUCCAUCUUCUUGUGAAGCUGUCCCAGCGAACAGCUUAUCUUACAUAAAACAGUCACAAUGGCCUCUCCUGUCAACAUUUUUAAAUAGUCCAAGGUCGCUCUCUGGUUCUCAGAAUCCUUAUCUGCCACUGGAAAUCCCCCAGUUAUAUCCUGUAACAGUUUCAAAAGCUCCCUCUAGAGGGAAGCAGUCUCCACUUGUAUCAGUUCUUUCAAGCGCAACUCAAGCAUUAAAGAUAAAUUUUCAGUUACUUUUCCUCUUUUUUAAACGCAGAAAAGGACGAUGGAAACAGUAUCUUACUCUUAUUUAGCUAGCUGUCAAAUCCGUUCUGUCAAAAGCACUCUCUCCAAACGUCAUCUGGCAGCCCAUUCCCAGGUUCAGAGCGGUGGUAAUUUGAUUUCUUCACUCUCUCCUGCAGGCUCACUAGAUCCAAAAUUUCCCCCUCUUCUCCUGCUUCCAAGGGGGGUUUUGUAUUUUAAACCAGUAGAAAUUUGAUCCUUUGCCAAAAGCUUUCAAAGGCUUUAACUUGUAACGUCUUUGCUUCAGUCUAUUUACAAGAACGGGAGGCGGACUUCCUGUUUAUAACCUUCCCGUUUCAGUGCCGAAUUAAAGUAUUUAAGAAUCCAAUUUUCCGUUUUACUCACGAGUAGUUGUUUAAAGUCCAAUUGUCCACAGGAAAAGUCAGCGCUCUCCGGCAACAGCAAUGCGGCUUCACUCCGUGAAAGAAGCAGUCGAUUCAAAGCACCGCGCCACUCACCCCACGUCGCUCCGGAUCCCCAAAACAGGGUUUCCCCGCGAGUAGGGGAGGCGCAAAGGUACCAGCCGAAUCCCACAUCCACAGGCUUCUCCCGCCUGUGGUUUUUAAUGGGUCUCCGCCUCGUCAUGGCGGUUCAGACCCUGUUUUCCACGGAGCGGAUUCCUCCCGAUCGGAGGAAAUCCGCCAUUGCCAGAGGCGCCAACCCUCUGCAAAUGAAGUCUGUUUGUGCAUUCAUGGAUGGACAUUAUAAGUGCCACAUUCCUGCACAUAUUCAGACUAUUCAGCAUAUUUGCCUGGCAUCAGGAAUGUUACUCUGGGUUGCAAAGUUGUCAUUUUGCCCUCGUUCGCAGCCUCUUCUGAUAGACAUCUAGCACAGGACUGAGGGAAACCUCCAACCUGAGGGCAGGAUGCACCUCCAACUUUUAAUUAAUUUCUGUUCCAGGAAUUUUGAGAGACCCCUUGAACAUUGAGGUUGGUGGGUAAAGCAGUUUGUCAAGGCCAAGCCGGUGUAAAAGGCAAGGACUUGUUCCAGUGGUGUCUAGGAGGAAGUUGAACAGUGCUGUUGAAGAAGGCAGCUCUGGACCAAGACUGGCCUUGGGGGAAAACAGAGGGAAAAUGGAGAAGGAGGAGGUUGAGAAGCCACCAUUUUUGUAUGUGUGAAAGAGCCAAGAGGCCAAAAGUAUGCAGAGCUGGCAGUGUUAGACAGUGGCUCAACCAUCCCAUUACCUCCCAUCUGGUGCUCACUAUGACAGUCGCCAUCAACUGGGAGGUCUGCUUGCUCCACCCAUCAUGAGGUCAGGCAGUCAUCAUCAUCAUCAUCAUCAUCAUUUAUUAUUUAUACCCUGCCCAUCUGGCUGGGCUUCCAGCAAAAGAUUAAAAAUACAUUAAAACAUCAGUGAUUAAAAACUUCCCUAAUCAGGGCUGCCUUCAGAUGUCUUCUAAACGUCAGAUAGUUGUUAAUUUCUUUGACAUCUGAUGGGAGGGCGUUCCACAGGGGGGCACCACUACCGAGAAGGCCCUCUGCCUGGUUCCCAGAUUUAGUAAAGAAAUAAUGUAAAGAUAAUAAAAGUGGCAGAACAUGAAAGAAAAAUGGAGAGUUAGCAAGGCUCUCUUCAUGUUAGUAACAAUCAAAGGUUUCUGUCUCCAUCCUGGAAGAACCUUCCCCAUCUCCACUUCAAUAUCUGUAAUGAAAACCCACACUGCAUGCUGUGAUCCUACAUACACUUCCUCGGGAACAAGUCCCAUUUCAGUGCCAUCUAAUUACUUCUGUGUCAAUGUGCACUGAGUUAGGCAGAGAAAUGGCAGUCCUAACCUAGUUUACCUGGAACUAAAUGUUGCUACUAAAAACGUUUGUGUUGGGGGGACAACUUACCUGCUAGAGCACAAUAACCAGCACCGCCUGAUCAUUCAAUAGUGUUAGGGAUCAUCUCAUUUUUAUUUUAAAGUCUCAGUUCUGUCCCCCUAGGCACAGUGGGAUUGCAUCUGAUCCAAGGGUUAGUUUCUGGGCAGAGUGUGGAUACGCAAAGUUGCUUAUAGUCCAGGAGCCUUAGAAUCCCUGGAUUGCUGCUUUCCAGCCCAGCUGGGACACUAGACUGCCACCUCUCUCUUUCCCCCUUUGGUAACUAAAUGCUUGCUGUGGGGCUGACUCAGACCACACUUUCCCUGCUGUCAGCUUCUUGCCCGGAGAGCAACCGCAAUGCAUGCUGGGAUUGGCAGUGCCCUUCUCUACUGAACAGGCAGCUUCCUUCCGGUGAGUGAGCCAAAGCCAGCUAAGCUGGGAGAACGGAAACCCUCCCCGGUCAUCUGGAGGCCGCAGUGUUUGACCAACGCCAAGGGGGGCAGCCACGAAACCUCUGCUGCCAUACACAUGCUUCAACCUCUAGCUCUGGGACUGUGGAGGAGCAGGAAGAAGGAAGAGGCGAUGGGUGUGAGACAGGGGAAGAGAAGCCACGCCAAGUGCUUACCCGAGUUUGCUUUCUCCUCCCCCUGCCAUCUUUCCUUCUCCACCCUCCACAAAUCCCCUGAGAUCCCAAGGGGAAGCCCCCUCCCAGCAGAUACUGGUGGGGCACCACUGUUCUCGUGGCUCUUCUCCCCUGCACUUGGGGAUGUUCCUUGCAGAGAAGUGACAAUGAACACUGCUUAAAGGAGAGCUUUUUUCCUUGGCUCUUUGCUUUCGCAAAGAGACGCUGCAGCCAAGAGUGUAAAGCAGAAUCUGUGUAAGUCAAAUGUGUUCAAGAUUCAAUCUUAUUUUAUGGUGUAUCUGUUUAUUUACUGUAUUCAGACUAGAUAUUUUUUUUAAAAAAAUAAUUUUUAUGAGUAUAAAAAUAUGACAAUACAAUCAUACACCUUAAUAUUUAAAGAUUCCUCCGAAUCUCUGUACUUCCCGCCUUCCCUGGCAUGGGUCCUAUUGUCAACCCUUUCAACUGCAUAUUAUUCAGUAGUCCAUAUUUUAUAUCACUGCAUUGUGUCCAUAGUAUUUGCUACAUUGCAAGUGUUAGUGCAGUCCUGCUAACGCUUUCAUCUGCUUACAGUGGUCUCCAAGAUAAAUUAUAAAAUUUCCUCACUCUUUGUUAAAUUUUGGUCUUCUUGGUCCCUGAGCUUCCCGGUCAGUUUUGCCAUUUUGGCAUAAUCCAACAGUUUAAUUUGCCAUUCUUCUCUGGUAGGGACUUUGUCUUCUUUCCAUCUCUGGGCUAGCAACAUCCGUGCUGCUGUCAUCAUGUACAUAAAAAGUCUUUUCUGCUGCUUUGGAAUGUCAGCACCCACAAUUCCUAGUAGAAAAGCCUCUGUUUUUUAAAAUAAAAGUUAGUUUGAACAUUUUUUUCAACUCAUUAUAUAUCAUUUCUCAGAAUGCUUUUAUUACCAUACAAGACCACAACAUAUGAUAAAAGAUGCCUUCUUUUUCUUUACAUUUCCAGCAGAUAUUUGUACCUGUCUUAUACAAACUAGAUUUUUUUUAAAGCCUACAAUCCACUUAAUAAAGACAAUUAGUGGAAUACUUGUGUGUGGCCCAGGAUUGAUUUUUUUCUUCUGUAGAACAGUGGUGCUUGGUAGCGGGGGAAAGACCCCCCCCCACCCUUGAUGUAAGGCAGUAACCGUAUGCUUUUGAGUGGAUUUUGUAGAAAUCUACAGGUACCAAAUGCACAUUUUAAUUAUGAUGCAUAUGGCUGCAACAUUCUAAUGGCAGUGGACCUCCUUGUUGUCAAGCUUGCAUUGCCCAUAUUGAUAUACAUUCUGUGAAAUAAAACAGACCUCAAAUUCCCACAGGCGCACUACCCUUGGCUACAUUCUACGGUCCCCACAGUAUAAAUCACAAAUGACAAGUACAUGAGACCUGUCAGUGACUGCUUGCUGGUGGGUUUGAAGUGGUAGCCUACUGUGUGCAGAGCAUAUCAAGAGCCAAGUUGCCCUCCUUUGGUCAGCAGGAGUUUCAGAGUUCACAAAACUUUCCUAAUUAAAGGUAAGAAUGCAAAUUCUUAUCACAGCUAGAAACGGAGUCUAGAGACUUCAUUCUGUGCUUAUUAAUAACUUCUCCCUAGGUUGCCUCAUAUAUUUGCAAAUGGUACUCUUGGGGGUAAAAUUACUCUAGCUACCUGAAUAUAGUAAAUUUGACAGAUAGAUUGCAUAGAUAAUUGCAACUGUAAUUUCUAUGGGUUUUGAGUGUCGUAAUUGUUUUAUUUGUAUGCCGCUUUUCUGCAAAGAGAAUCAUGCUCAAAGCGGCUUACCACAAAGGAAUCGGGAAAACAUCUCAAAAUCAAUCAUCACUGGAACGAUUUCAUAAUAACUAGAACGGUUUCAGCACUAUAAAUAUAACAAGAUUACAUUAAUUACAUUACAUCUCCUGGCGGUAGCCAGAAUAACACCUUGGUUCUAUAAGUCCCUCUCAGUCCCACCCUGAAUCUGCUUCUUAUAAGGCUUUCAAAGGCAGAGGGUCGGGUACUGAGAAGCACCUUUGCCAUGAUGUUGCUCGUGAAUAGACCCUUAGAUACAGAGUUUUGAGUAGAUUGUUAGAUUCUGAAUUGUCAGCUUUCAAAGUAUUUUCCAUAAUUAUAGAUCAUGUUCCCCAGUUUGUAGUUUUGUUUUGUUUUUGAAAUACAGAAAUCACAAAUGAACACUUAGAUUUAGGACAACUCAAAACAUCACACUUGUUGAAAAUAACACUGAUGUUUCCUGCAGCAUAAAAAGAUGUAAUAUGCGCAGCCGCCCUCAGUAAUUGUGAAACUGCAAUUACUUCAUCUCAGACUUACGCAUGUAUAUAGUGACAUGGAAAUGGGAACGAUAAUUUUACAGAAAGGGAAAAGGCGUCUUUCACAACACAGUGACUAAAAUUUAAUAAAAUAGUUUCUUAGUAACCUUGUUCACAUAACUAGAUUUACAUUUCAGCAGCCAAUUAUAUAUUCCACACACUUCGGCUUUUGUCUUAUCAAAUGUCGCAUCCAGCUCUGCCUUUCAGCAAAAAACAGUAAAAUUUUCCAACUGGUUUUAUUUAAUUGUAUUUCUUAGCUGCUUUCUCUGCCCAGAGACUCUCAGGGUGGCAUGCAGCAGUCCAGUUUAUAAUACAACUGUGUAAGUUAAUUAGACAAAAAGCAUUUAAAAGCACAAUUUAAAAUCAGUAAUGAAAAGCAAACUAACAGCAUGUGAACUAGAAAAAGAAGACAUGUUGAACAUUUGAACUUUUUGAUUCAUGCAAGUAUGAUGAAAACUUUUACCAGCUGGAAGAACUGAAGGUUUCACCUGAGUAAUGAAAGGUGCUUCUUUCAUUUUAUGCAGUUGUGGUUGUAUUUUAUAAUGUAAAUGUUCAGUCUUCAUGUCUUCAGAAAAACAAAUCCUGAAAAACAAGCCUGCAAAAUGCAGCUGCAAAAGUGUUCCCUUAGGACUUACAUUUACCAGAUGCCGUUGCAUGCUUUGAAUGGCUUCGAUAAAUAAAUGUCUGUGAAUUAUACACUUUGAUCAUGGUUGGUACGCCAGACUUUGCCCCUCUUUCACAUUUCCUCCAAACCCAUUUCAGCUUCUGUGCUGUCCAUUGCGUUCUAACCUAACCUAGCUACCGAAACCUAUUUCCACCCUUCCUCAUCUGAAUCCCUUAUGCUUGGUCACAGAUUCAUGGAAUUGGUCAGUUGGAAGGGAUCCCAAGGAUCAUCCAGUCCAACCCCCUGCAAUGCAGCAAUCUUUUCCCCCCAACGUGGGUCUCAAACCCACAACCCUGAGUCUUAAGAGUCUCAUGCUCUACCAACUGAGCCAUUCCUAACCUCUGUUUCACUAUUGACUAACUACUGUCUUUUCUGUUCAGUAUCCUGGUAUCCUUUUCACAAUCUGUCCUUUUCUCUUUCUUGUAUUCUCCUGAUAAGAAAUUUCCUUGAUGGAUUCCCAUCUUUAAGACAGGUCCAAGCAGCUACUGCCUUCUAGUAGUGUGACUAUGUGGAACUCUCUUUUCUUCAUUCAAUUCCAUAUGAAGCGCCAAUAAGGAGCUCAGGGUUUGAGUUAGUGCAAAUUCAAUAUUCUGGAGAACAUCCAAUACCUUAUGGUUACUUGCAAACAUUUCCCUGCUUUAUUUUUACCAUAGACUCAAAAACAGCACCUUAAACUUUGUACUGGAUUAGCCAUACAACAGGGGUGCCCAACGUUUUUGAGCCUUUGCACAGAAUAAGAAAUCUAAAACCAUUGUAGAUACCCCAAGGGACUUGUUUCACAGAGUGGAAAUUGGUGAUGCUCAUAAUCUCCCCCAAACAGACGAAACACGUACACCCAUCCCAAAAAACAGGCAACACCCACCAAAAAAGGCAGCUGCCUCACACACAAAAAAACACAAAACCAUUAAUCAGAAUAAAUUGGGAGGAGCAAGAAGCCUCGAGGGACACAGGGUGAAGAGUUCCAGCCCUUUAGCAAACCUUUAUGAAAGUGUGAUACUUUAGAAUGUGCAAAGAAGGUUUCAGUUAUAAUUUCCAGAACUGCCCAGUAUCCCCUUCUCUCUUUCGUUUUCGCAGCACUUAAGUUGCAACGUGUGGUUUUUUUUUUCAUUCUCUGUGCAGUAGAGAAUUAAAAAUUUAGGACCAUACAGAUAAAUACAACAUGUUUCAAAGCACAGCCUCAUCAGAUGAUUUUUUAAAAAAAUUAAAAUCUAAAUGUUUACUUUAAACAGUGUAUUUUUUAUUGUUGUUGAAAGGGACAAUCUUGUUUUAAGCGCUAUGUAUUAACAGUGCACCUAUCUGCAAAUCUGCUUGUCCUCUUCCUGAAAUGCUUUGGCAGUUUGGAUAGGAGCAGGUAAUGGGAUAUAUUCAGACAACUUACCUGGGAGAUCAGGGAACCUCAACCCAACACCUUUCCUGCUUGAAACUGCAUAGGGCAAUAUUAUUUAAUUCCUAUUCUUGAGUUAUCUACCAGUACUGUUGUGGCAUUGGCACCCAUUGUUACUUGAGUGCAUACCUCACAUCCAGGAAAAGAGCAAGAAUUGCCAUUCUUAACAAUCCUGGAAGCAAGCAGUCAAUGAAUGAAUAUUGCUUUUGCCAGCUGACUGGCCACACAGCUGGUGAUCGUUUUUAACAUCUCUUGAGAACAGAGAUUCAUAUGACAUGCUGGGUACUCAUUCAGUAAGGUGGCAUUUGCACAUAUGUAUCUGCGGAUUAGAUCUAAAGAGCCUCAAGGUGUAAAAUAGAGUUGCCAGAUUUCAAAAAGUGAAAAUCUGGACACAAACGUUGUUGAGCUUUUUGUUUUGCCUGAAGUUUUUUGAGUUAUUUUAAAGGAAAUUCACCAAAAUCUACACUCCCAACAUGGGUUGCCAUACGUCCGGAUUUUCCCGGACAUUUCAGCGAUUUCCCCCCAGAAGCUGUUUCCGACUGCCAAGUCCCAUCUAUGUCUGGGAAAUUACAGACGUAUUAAAAGGUAAAGGAACCCCUGACCAUUAGGUCCAGUCGUAACUGACUCUGGGGUUGUGGCGCUCAUCUUGCUUUAUUGGCCGAGGGAGCCGGCGUACAGCUUCCGGGUCAUGUGGCCAGCAUGACUAAGCCGCUUCUGGCAAACCAGAGCAGUGCACGGAAACGCCGUUUACCUUCCCGCUGGAGCGGUACCUAUUUAUCUACUUGCACUUCGACGUGCUUUCAAACUGCUAGGUUGGCAGGAGCAGGGACCAAGCAACGGGAGCUCACCCUGUCGCGGGGAUUCGAACCGCCGACCUUCUGAUUGGCAAGCCUUAGGCUCUGUGGUUUAACCCACAGCGCCACCCACAUCCCAUACAGACGUAUAGCAGCCCUAUAAACAUGUAUAUAUAUCUUCUUUGAGGGCAGGGCUGUUUCUGCAUAUAGAACUGUGGUUUUUUUUAUCCAUUUGAAUGGAUCGCGUGCCCCAACCAAAGAAGGGACCAGAAACUGCCUUUUCCAGCUUCCUUAAGCGUAUGUGAUUUGCCUCAGUAGCGUCACACGAGAGUCUCCUACAGGGUGCGAUGCAUUUCUAGAUAUCAUACCGGUAAAUUAUCGACCAUUCUGCUCACUUGACAUCAGUCCAUCUGAUGUAUGUUGAUGAUUAGGGCUACAUGGCAUCAUUUAAAGUUGCUGCAGGAAUAUUCGUCCUCAUGCCAAUCCAAUGACCUAUUUAAAUGCAAAUGAUCCUAGAAAAGGGGGUAACGUGAGGGGCAAAAGGGGGAGGAGGCAUUUUGUCUAACAGGCACUAUUAGCUGGAAGCAGUGAAAUAAAUAAAUAAGACCCUGGAGUCAAGGUGGGGUCAUUAAAAGAGAAACUAGGUUAAUAUUAUAUUUAAUUAUGUUUCUAUGAACUCUCUGGCUCUGCUUGAAAUCUUGUAUUUUGAAACAGCACAACAAAGCAGCAUUGUGAUUACAGCUAUUAAAGCAAUUUACUGUCAAUCUGCCUUAGCUGAGUUGCUGGGCAAGAACUAUGAUACUUUAGUUUUUAGUAAAUUCUUGUUCCAUUUUUACCCAUUAUUUAAUGCCCUAAUUCCUACCACGGAAGUAAGAUUUUGCUAUAUGGUCGUCCACAACACAUACAAACUACACAGAGGGGAAAAUUUUAUUCGCUUCCUACAAGAAUCCCAUAUAACAUUCCAGACGGACCCAAUUGUGUUUGCUGUAUGUCAGAUUUUAGGAAAUAUUGCAACAUCACUGUGCUGUAAGCUAUAACAUGUUAAGUGUAAUGGAAAUGGCACAACCUAUCUUGCCACAACCACUCCAGAUUUUUGAAAUGCUACCCAAGCCAUUCUGGUAUUUGCUUUUUUAUUGCAGAAGAUGCUUUUCUUAGGCCUCAUUUUUCCUUUUCAUUAGUCGUUUGUGAUAGUUCCGAAGACUGAGAUGUACAAAGUUGUAUUGAAUCAGUUUUUGACAUAGAUGUUUUGUAUAUUCGUAUAUACUGAAAGUUUCUAAUUCUUGGAUGUAUAAGAGGCACAGUCCUAAUUUACUUCAUUCUGUAAUGCCAUUCUGUAAUUCAGCUUCAGGAGUUAUUCUCAAUACAUUUUGUAUAGUCAUAACAGAAUAUAGUGUGUACUGAUAAUAUAUUUCCUCUUUCCCCCCUCUUAGGUUUUGAACUUGGCUUUGCUAUGUCAAGUCCCAAUGCCCUCGUGUGCUGGGAGGCUCAGUUUGGUGACUUCCACAAUACAGCACAGUGCAUCAUUGAUCAAUUUAUCAGCUCGGGACAGGCUAAGUGGGUUCGUCACAACGGGAUUGUCCUGCUUUUGCCUCAUGGAAUGGAAGGAAUGGUAGGGCUUCCAUUGAUCAGAAUAAUAGUUCCCUGUGUACAACUAAUUUCACAAUUAUAUAUCUCUAAUAUUUAUUUAAAUAAGAAGAAGGAAUUGCUGUUACAGAUGUGUAUCAGUGGGUAUUUCCCAAAGAACAAACGUGUAAUGAUUGAAAGAGAGAAUAGCCCCCCCCCAAAUGCAUAUAGUGGUUAGUUAAAAGUAAAAGGAGAUGUGGUCUAAACCACUGAGCCCCUUGGGCUUGCCGAUCAGAAGGUCAGCGAUUCGAAUCCCCACGAUGGGGUGAGCUCCUGGUGCUCUGCACCAGCUCCUGCCAACCUAGCAGUUUGAAAGCACUCCAGUGCAAGUAGAUAAAUAAGUACCGGUGUGGUGGGAAGGUAAAUGGCAUUUCCACACACUCUGGUUUCCGUCACGGUGUCUCGUUGCACCAGAAGCGGUUUAGUCAUGCUGGCCACAUGACGUGGAAAGCUGUCUGUGGACAAAUGCCGGCUCCAUCGGCCUGAAAGCGAGAUGAGCACCGUAACCCCAUAGUCGCCUUUGACUGGACUUAACCGUCUAGGGGUCCUUUACCUUUUACUUAAUGAUUAAUCCUGUGCAUUUGUACUUGGAAAUAAAUUCCACUGCAUUCAAUGAGGUUCAACAUCUGAGUAAUAGUGUGCACUUAUAAGGUGCUCCAUUUAUACAAUAAACAUAGUCAGCCAUCUAUUAAACCUACGUCAGAGAGGGUGAUUAUAAAGGCUACACACAACCACUUCUAUCAAACCAACUAAAUUCACAUCAUCCUGCCCAGUAUGGAAAUUAAUGACAAUUAUAUUUAGGAUCUAUAUUCUUCCAAGGCAUGCCAACUUGUUUUUCUUUACAUGAUGUGAUUCUCAGGGCCCAGAGCAUUCUUCAGCCAGGCCAGAGAGAUUCCUUCAGAUGUGUAAUGAUGAUCCUGAUGCCUUUCCAGUAAGUAUAUAUAUAUAUAUUUCCUUCCUACCCAGUCAUCUCUCUUCAAGCACCACCUCUAAUAAUAUUAACAUUAACAUUCACAUCAACAUCAUCAUCAGCAACAACAACAUUUAUUUAUUUAUUUAUACAUACAUACAUACAUACAUACAUGCCCUGCCCAUCUGGCUGGGAUUCCACAGCCACUCUGGGUGGCUCCCAACAGAAUAUUAAAAACAUGAUAAAACAUCAAACAUUAAAAACUUAGCUAAACAAGGCUGCCUUCAGAUGUCUUCUAAAAGUCAGUGGGUUGUUUAUUUCCUUGACAUCUGAUGGGAGGGCGUUCCACAGGGUGGGUGCUAGUACUGAGAAUAUUAUUAUUAUUAAUCUCAUUCCCACCCCAUUUUUCUUCAGCAUGGGACAUCUCUGUCACACACUUUGUAAGCCCUGCAGAUGGAAAGUCCUGUGUUCAACGACGCUGCAGCUCCUGUAGGCCCCAUAUCUGAGAGUCACCAGAGUGUUCCUUGGCAUUGCUGGACCAGGUUGCAGUCCUUGCUGGGAGGGUCCAAAACAAAUAGGGGGGAAGGCUGUUUCAGGACAGAAACAGUUGUGGACACUUUCCUUCCUCUGCUGGAGACUGUGGAGAAGCCUGCUGCUGCUGCCCCUGCUGCCUAAGCUGUGUCUGUUGUGUCAUUCACUGCCUAUUGUUGUGUCAUUCACCACUACUAUGGUUAAACCAAGUCAUGUGUACAUUCAGUGUAGCACAGCUGCAGGAUGACUGGGGAGAAGCAAAUCUGCCACAUUCUCCAUCCAGAGUCUACAUAUUCACAAAUUCACACCGAGCCAUUAUUCGGCUUAGCAAGAUGUGCAAACCAGGCUAUUGGCUUCCUUUCUAAUGCCCAUAAUCUGCCUUUGUUCAGGAAUUUGAAGAUGAUUUUGCAGUUUCCCAACUCUAUGAAUGCAACUGGAUUGUGGUGAACUGUUCAACUCCAGCCAGUUACUUCCAUGUCCUCCGAAGGCAGCUCUUGUUGCCAUUUAGGAAACCUGUAAGUAUUGACAUUUAGUGCUUUUGUACUAAUUAAAAGUAUUUCAGUCUUUUCUGUAAAAAAAUAAUGAAGUAUGGAUGAUGGAAGACUAGGCCUGUACUGUAGAAAGUGGGUUUAAAUUCAGUUAUAGUUAAAAAAUUAAAGAGCCCAAUUGCUUAUUUUAGGAAACUUCUAGAAUAUUCAAAAUUGUUUCAGAAAGUCAUACUGCAAUUUGUUUAGAUAUAGCUAUGCCACACAACAAACCCCUGCCCCACUGAGACAAACUAUUUCGGCUAAUGGUUGACUACUUUGUCCAUUACUGAUUUAUGUAACGUACUUUUUAGACAUCAGAGGGAUUAGGGCAGGCAGAGGCAUCCAAGGACAGUAAAGUGCUCAUAUCUCCAUGAAUUUUAUUAAAACUUAAGACCCUUUAGAUAGGGGUACUUCUACCCUAGUUCAUCUCCAGGCACUGAACCCAUUCCUUUUUUGUAUGGAAACCAAAUUCUUUGCUUGUGUGAAGUAAUCUGACUCAAUAAAGGCAACAUUUUACAAUUGUUAUACUGCCUAUUUUACAGCUGAUUAUUUUCACACCAAAGUCCUUGCUGAGACAUCCUGAAGCAAAAUCCAGCUUUGAUGAAAUGGUGUCAGGUAGGUUCACUUAUGUACGUUUUGUUUUGAAACAUGCCUUACAUUACAUUGUUGGCAUGGGAGUACUGCGUUUGUGGCAUGGAGACCCUUCCAUGGGAAGAAAAUAGCAAAAACACAGUAGAAUAGCUGCAAAUGGAUCCGCGAUUGCUGGGGGAACUUAUUUGUGAUGUCUACUUGUCAGCCAAGAUAGGGUGCUCAAGGUCUUCACUGAUACAAAGCAAAUCUCGUAUUUUUUUCUAAAAAUUAUAAUAGUUAUAACAAUGAUUGUUGUUCCUCUGCCUGUUCAGAAUAUUAUUGAAUUUAAGAAUUACAGAACCGAUACAAGUACAUGAGAGUUAGGAAAAAUUGCCACUGAGAACCAGUUGUGUUUCAUGAAGGGAGUCAUUUUCUCUGUGUAAUUACUAUAGAGCGGCAGUAUCCCUAAGUUAUGGUGAGACUGGAAACUAUGGAAGGAGGGAAAGAAGGCUUUCUAAUCCAAGGAAUAUACCAAAAAUUACUUAUAUUUUUGAGAAAUCCUCUAGGGUUGAUCAGACUAGGCACCUUGUAUUAAAACACCUUUGUUGCACAUCUAGGUACCAGCUUCAGGCGUGUGAUCCCUGAAGAAGGACCUGCAGCUGAAGCUCCCGGGGAGGUCAAGCGGGUCAUUUUCUGUACUGGGAAGGUAUACUAUGAUCUUGUUAGAGAGAGAAAGAACCAGGAUUUGGAGAAGGAGGUGGCUAUAACCAGAUUGGAACAGGUAAAGCAAAGAGAGAGAACUUGGUGUGCGCAUUAUUUUUAAAAUGUACAUGCCUGUGAAGUACACAUAAUAACCUUUCUCAUACUGAAUCUGUUGUUAAUCUGAUAUGAGGUACACACAUGGUGGAAGUUGCUCCCAGUACCAGUCAUCACAUGGAAGCAGCCUAAGGUCUAAAUAGCUUACUGUUGCAGAAGAUAAGGCUCUGUAAAACAGUUCUGGACAUAGAUACAGACAAAUACAGAUACAGACAAAGUAUCUCUGUUGCUCCAUAUAAUACUGAACAAGCAACACCAACAGACUGAGGACCGACAGACCAACUAAUAGACUGCUGAGUUGACAUGCAUUAAUCACAGAUAUAGUUGGGGCACUGGGCCGUUACCAUCGCAACUGGCUCGGCUGACUGUGCACCUGAAAUUAGCUCAUCCAUGGGGUGAUUUAACUCAGGAAGGAAAUCCCUAUCUCAUGUCCAGUUACUUCAGCAAAGUCAGACUAAUGGUUCAUCUAGUUCACUACUGCCUUACACAGACUAGUAGCGUCUCUUCAGGGUUUAAGCAGGGAGUCUGUCCCAAGCCUACCUGAUGACGUGGCAGAUUGAACAAGGGGCCUUAAACCUAGACAUGUAAACCAAAUGUUGUGCCAAUAAUAAUAAUAAUAAUAAUAAUAAUAAUAAUAAUAAUAAUUUAUUAUUUAUACCCCGCCCAUCUGGCUGAGUUUCCGCAGCCACUCUGGGUGGCUCCCAAUCAAAUGUUAAGAACAGUAUAGCAUUAAAUAUUAAAAACUUCCCUGAACAGGGCUGCCUUCAGAUGUCUUUUAAAGAUAGGAUAGCUGCUUAUUUCCUUCACAUCUGACUGUUCCACAGGGCAGUCGCCACUACCGAGAAGGCCCUCUGUCUGGUUCCCUGUAACCUCACUUCUUGCAAUGAGGGAACCGCCAGAAGACCCUCAGCACUGGAUCUCAGUGUCCGGGCUGAACGAUGUGGGUGGAGACGCUCCUUCAGGUAUACAGGACCGAGGCCGUUUAGGGCGACAGCCCAUCCUGUUGACACUUUUUGGUGUCAAAGUAACAAAAACUUGAAGUUCUGUUUUUAAAAAAAGAGGGGGGGGGAAGAAACACGAGGUGUUUUGAUUUGGUGAAUGGAGCAUAAGAUUAUGUAGAAUAACUGGACUGGAAACUUACCUGAUGGGAAUUGACUAGGUUGACUUCUGCAAAUUAUGAACCCCGUUCUGUAUUUAUAAAAUGUGAAUACUUAGUGAUCUGCUGCCUUCACAAGGGUAUUCUAAUGCUGCUUUUCACAAGUGAUGCUUAAAACUGUUUUCCCAUUUCUUUCAUCUGAAAAUGAAAAAAAAAUACUAUAUUGACCAAAAUGAACAUUUGAUUUUAAAAAUGGUAGUUUCCCACUUUCUGCCUUCUCAACAUCAACAGGUAGUGCAUUGCAAAUGAAAGUGCUUUUGGCAUCACUUUUGAUCUGAGGAUUCUCGUGAUGAGGAUUCUCAAGAUGACAUCCAAACACUGCAUGCCAUUGUGAGACGCUUUUGGUUCCUUUUGAUGUGAGCAGGAAUGUAUCUAAGUCCAAGAAUAACAGUAGGAUUACUCAACAAAUGUAGUGCCUGGGCAGAAUAUAUCAUUUGCAGAAAGCAACGUGCUCUUUUCUUCGCUGUGACUGUAUUGUAUAAUUCUUUUUAACCAAAUUAUUUUAAAAAAAACCCAGCAAUGUCAUAUAUACUCAUAUUGGUAAAUUUUCAUAUGUCCAUAUUAACUAGUUGGAUUCUGCCCCAUGUAUAAAAAGGUAAACACAGUUAAGACUCAUUGAUCUAAAAUGAAAGUUUAAACAUGGUCAGUGCCACUCUUUUGCUAAGACAAUGAGACCUGAAAGUGCUUAGCUUUGACUAGAUUGUGUCUAUAAGUAUUCAUGUGAGUGAAAUAAAAAGUACAUUUAUGAUGAAAGUGGCAGUACAUGUAUUGUUUGUCGAACAAAUGACAGUACUCGCACCACCUUCAGAAAUUUGCAGCAGAAGUGAAAUACACACAACUCAACUUUCGUGGGAAUAGCCUGUAAAGCCAAAAUCAGAUUUAGUCAAAAAACAUUGGGUUCAGUGGAGGGUUGGAUUGCCAAAGUCUUUUUCCUUAUAUGCCCAUCCGCUCCCUUGUACAUUUCCUUGUAUGCCCAUCUUCUCUGCUCUCCUCCUCCUCCUCCUCCUCCUCCUCCUCCUCCUCCUCCUCUUCUUCUUCUUCUUUUUCUUCUGUUACAUUUUUUUGUGAAGCACGUAAAGCUGAGUGCACAAAAUUGCUAGUUACCUGCAUAUACUUGCUAACUGUUCUUGCCUUCACCAAUGUAACUGUUGUGUGUGGGUCAGAUCGGGAUAUUAGAGCAUUCCUUACAUACUAAUUUGGAGAGAUUCCUUUUUUGAAAUGUGCCACACUCACUGGGAGCGGUAGACGAUAUUCCUCAUGUAUUUGAGGAAUAAAGAUGUGUAUACGCAGUGGGGACCUGUUACCAUGCCAGAAAUUUCUAUAUUUCCAUUUCCUUCUAGAUCUCCCCUUUCCCUUUCGACUUGCUAAAAUCGGAAAUUGAGAAGUAUGCUAAAGCUGAUCUUGUCUGGUGUCAAGAAGAACACAAGAACAUAGGCUACUACGACUACGUCAAACCUCGUUUCCGCACCAUUGUGAACCAUAUUCGACCCAUAUGGUAGGAUGUUUGCAGCGGUUUUCUUUUCAUUCAGGGCUGCUGCCCCCUUUUGUUUUUGUUUUUGCUUUUGGUGCAUUGCCAAGAACAUAUGAAUUAAGAAGUUGAAGAUGAAGCCUUGAUAUUUCCGUCUGGGCUGCUGGGCUGUACUCUGGCUGGCAGUGGCUUCAGUGGCAACUUUUCCUAUCCAGGCUUCCUGGGAUAAAAAAUGGAGAUGCUGGACCUGGCCUGGGACCUGCUGCAAGCCUAUGUCCCUUUUGUAGGCUGCGUCUCUGCCACUUUCAGAUAUGCCAUACUUUUCCGUCUAUAAGAUGCCCCCAUGUAUAAAACUAUUUUGGGGGACUCAAAGUUAAGAAAAUGGGGGAGAUGGCACAGAGUUGUUGAGCUUUUUUUGUGGAGGAUUGCCCAAAGUUGUUGAGUUGUUUUUUUUUGGGGGGGGGGGAAUUGUCGAAAAUCACUCACUCACACGCAUCACAAAAUCCACUUCCCACAAAGAAAUAAAGAAAAUAUUAAGAAUAUCAUAUAGUAAAAGGCCAGAGGCAUUUCUUUUAGGAAUUUUAAAUGACAAUAUUCCAAAAGACAAAACUAAUUUUUUCUUAUACACAACGUCUGCAGCAAGAAUCCUGGCGGCUAAGUACUGGAAAGGGAAUCAGUUACCCACUAGGGGAGAGUGGUUAUGUAAGCUUUCAGAAUACUUAGAAUUAGCCAAACUGACAGACAUAAUAAGACAAAAACCAAAAAGUGAAGUAAAAAAAGAAUGGGAGUGCCUAAAUGAAUACCUCAAAAGUCAAGGUUCGAGGACAGAAAUCUGGCUGAGUCUGGAAUAACCUUGUGAAGUGAAAGGAUAAGAAAAAGGGAUUUAUAUCUAGAUGUUAGGAUAGAGAUGAUAAGGAAAACAAGAAAACAGGAAAACACAAUGAGAGGUAAAGGAGGUGCUGUGGGAUUGGUGGAAGUCAAUGUCUUGUUGUUGUUUUAGUGUUUAUCGUAUUAACUUAUAAGAUAUGGAUUUGUUGUUGUUUUUAGUUGUUGUUGCUUUCUUUAGUUUUUGAAUGUUGGUUUUUGUGUGUUGUGUAUUGUUAUUUUUCAAUAUUUUUUGUGUUGUUGUUGUGAGGAAAAUACUAAUAAAGUUUAUUUAAAAAACAAAAAAACAAAAACAAAAAACAAAAUCCACUUCCCAUUUGUCCCAUCGCCAGCAGAACCUGCCAAUUGCCUGCCCAACUGCAUCAGCCAUUGAUGCAGCAACCAAUAACACACACAAUAGCCACUGACAGCCAUGGCAGCAACCAAUCAAACAUCCACUCUAUGCACUACCCAUGUAUAAGACGACCCCACUUUUUAGCAUGAGUUUUAAAGAAAAAAACCACAUAGUCUUAUACACGGAAAAGUGUGGUAUGUGAACUUCCUAUAGAACCUUGAGGUGUUGCACUCAAACUAUGUAUGUGAGAUACAUAGAUCCACAGGACUUGCAAUCUGAAACAAAGAAAGGGGGAAAUGGAAAUGAGGGUACGCAGAGAAAGAAUAUGAUCAUUACAAUUAUGCACACUUAGUUACUGUAAGGCAUACGGAUUGGGGGGGGGACGGGACACCCAGAAAAGGUGUUUUGAAAUAAGGGAGGUGGUUGUACAGAGGCAUUCUGAGAGGCAGGCCCCGGCAUACUGGACAGCAUGGGGAAAUGGACAGAGUAUUCAGGAAAUGGGAGACUUUUAGACAGCUAAGGCUGAUCGAGCUAGAUAAAAUCACAGAGAGGGAACAUAAGAAUGGAGAGAGACAAGGCAACAACUGAUGAUGAGGGGAAGUUUGUGCAGGAUCUUGGAGGGAAACAGAAACAAGAGAAAGGAUUUAAGUAGGAAAGUACCAGUGAAGUUUCAAUAAAGCAAGCAUCUUGUACAUGAACAACAGUUUGAGGAGUCACUCACAAUGGAAUUCAUGAAGCUUAACAGUACAGGUUGGCUGAAAUAGUUUUUACCCACAUAAUAAGUGGAUAGCCUAAGCAAGUAAGCCUAGCCUGGGGCAAAUAGUAACUAGAAUCCUAUACAUAUAAGUAAAAGUCUAUAGAAAGUAUCUAAUAUAAGAGGUGACUAAUGUAAGAGGUGUUUAUUAUCAGUGUGUCUCUGCUUCAAAAAACGUCACAUCUCAUUUCUGUCAUUUGCCUCCUUGUCUCUUCUGCUUCAAGGUAUGUCGGCCGUGAACCAGCUGCCGCUCCAGCAACUGGUAACAAGAACACGCAUCUCGUGUCACUCAGAAGGUUUUUGGACACAGCCUUCAACCUGGAGGCAUUUGAAGGAAAGAUGUUUUGA